AUGAAGAGCGAGAGAGGGGGAGGACAGAGGAUCGAGAGAAGACAGAGGUGAAAAGGAGAGAGCAGAGGGAUCGAGAGCGCAUGAGAGCUGAGGGCAGAGAGAGAGUAGAAGCAAGAAAAGGGAGCGAGAGGAGAGAUCAGAGAGGGAGAAGGAACAGAGAGAGUACAGAGGGGGGAGGGGAGGGAAGAGGACCAGAGGUCCACAGAAAAGAACAGAACUCAUCUAUAAUUCACCUGACCUUUAGUUCUGGUCACUGGUGUUCAGCCUUAAACCUGGGCCUUCCAGCCAAUGGAUAGCUCUGCUUGGCCACAGAGAUCUGCUGCUCAAUGUACUGUCCUCUUUGGACUGCUAAUGCUCUGACUGUAGAAAUAGGCUGCAUAAAACAAUCAUCUUGGGAGUUUGUGUGUCUCUGUGUUGGUGUGUGUUCCUGUGUAGCCUGCCUGACUGUGGACCUGAUGUCCAGGAAGUAAUAUCAUCCUCUGUGCUCUCCUGCCUUAUGCUAAACAAGUAAACCAACCUGCUUGUGACAAAGAUGAAAAUAUACGUUAGAAAUGUAGAAAGAGGGGAGAUCUAAAUAUGCAACUACUAGCAUGAGUUGCUAAUAUGACUAGGAUUGUGCCAUUGGCUACUGGACAAUGAAAGAAAGUUGAUUUAAAAACCAAUAGAACAUGAGAGAAAAAGGUUUCAAAUGGCAGUCUUUAUAAAAUAAUUGGCUGCACGUUUGGUUGGGUUUUGGUUAAGCUAAUUUGAAGCAAGGUAAGACAUGCCUCAUAAUAUGUAGUAAAACGUUCAGGUUUCAAACAAUUAAGUAUAUGUUUUGAAAAUGCCUACUGCCUCCAGCUCAUUGCAAAUGGUGUGUGACGUGCUGAAGCCUGCCUAGUUGCCUAUGCACUUGAAUGGCGAAUGGGAAGCACGCUUCAAUUACAAGUUGAGAAAUAAAAAUAGUAGCUAUUUUUAAUCGUGGCCAUUGUUCUUUACACGCGAUUGCCUUAAGAAUUGUUGUGCAAUGAUUGGGAAUAUUAAAGCACAUGUUUCACUCCAGCAGCAACAAACAGCUGUUUGAGCUGUAUCAGCAGCUCUCGCACUACAUCAACUGGUAUUUCAAUCAAUGAAUAGGCUAAAAUCCAUUAUUUCGCAAUGGGAUUUUUUUCCCUCCCGGACAAUUGACCGGCGCUAAUUUUAUUUAUUGGGUAAAAAAAAAAAAAAAUGGGGGGGGCAAAAGCCGCCUAUUAACGGCUAAGGGAAACCCUGGCACAGAUGUUUAUUGAAUAGAAAUGUGGGCAAUUCCAUGAUAACAGAAGGAUGCUGAGACUCAGAUUUGUUACUUUAGAAUGGAUGUCAAACAAAAAAACUAUGAUUGCAAAGUUAAACAAACCAUACAACUCUAUGCACAAGGACUACUUUUAAAGUUUGACAAAAAUGCAAAAUAACAGCAAAAAUGGAUGAAUAAGAUAUUUGGCUACAGAUGUGCCAUUUCUUACCAAUCUCUUGAGCUUCUGUCCAAAAACGAAUUAUGUGAUAUGACAUCAACACAUACCCGAAGAGUUACUGGGGCGGUGCAUAAUUGGCCCUGCGUCGUCCAGGGUAGGGGAGGGAAUGGCCGGCAGGGAUGUAGCUCAGUUGGUAGAGCAUGGCGUUUGCAACGCCAGGGUUGUGGGUUCAAUUUCCACGGGGGGCCAGUAUGAAAAAAAAAAAAGUAUAAUGUAUGCACUCACUAACUGUAAGUCGCUCUGGAUAAGAGCGUCUGCUAAAUGACUAAAAUGUAAAUGUAAAAUGUUACUGGCUAGCUACAGUGGCUAGCUUAGCUAACGAACUAGCUACGUAAUGACCAGAAUGACACAUCGAUGAACAGCCAAAGGCACACCCCCUUUCUGUUAGAAAAUUUAAAAAGAGGCGGAGGUGGACCAUUCUUUGUGCCCAAGUCGACCUUUAACAAUUUUCACUGAAAGUUUUACUAAAACACAUUUACUUGAAGAACAGUGCAGAUGUUUGGUAACAGAAAGCACAAACAGUCAUUCUGUUACCAAACUUUGCAUCUGCACUGUUCUUCAAGUAAAUGUGUUUUAGUAAAACUUUCAGUGGAAAUUGUUAAAAGUCGUCCUUGUGCAUAGAGUUGUAUGGUUUGUUUAACUUUGCAUUCAUUGUUUUUUGUCUGGCAUACAUUUUAAAGUCAUAAAUCUGAGUCUAAGCAUCAUUCUGUUAUUGUGGAAUUGCCCAUGUGUGUUUUCCCCAUACCUGUUGAUACACUGGUCUGUAUGUGUCGUCGUUGACCCCUUCCAUCUUUGUAAAUGGAUUUGACCUUGUUUCUCUACCCCUAAUUUAUGGCUGGUCUGAUUUUGGCCUUUGUCCUGUCAUGGUUACGCUGCACAGGGAUAUCACAGCCCAGAGCCCCGCAAACCUCACAUCAAGCACUACUUGUUGGAGUAAAAGUUUCUGUGUGUGUGUGUGUGUUCAGGGUGUCUUGUCGCUGACAGAACAAAGCCAAGGCGCUGGCCACAGGGUGAGGGACACCAUGGUGCUCAUUUUCCACAAGUAACUCUCUGUGCUUUAAUCUGCUUUGCUUGGAGGAGAGAGGGAGGAGGGAAUAGAGAGGGAGGGAGAGAGGGAGGAGGGAAUGGAGAGGGAGGGAGGGAGGGAAGGAGGGAUGGAAGGAAGGAAAGUAGAGAAGGAGCCAUUGGUUUUAGGGCUAUAGGAGUAGGGAAGGGCUUUGGGUCUGAAGUUAGAAGGGACAGGAAGAAUCAGUGAUGCAGUUGACAUUGUUAAAAUUAAAGUGUUUUUCAAACAGGCCAUUUAGCAUGUAACCCUAGCUGAGAGGUAAUUCUAGCCCCUCUCGCUCCCUCCCUCAGGGUAGCAAGGUGCCAAGCACCCCUUUAUUUUGGCAGCUAGAGGUGGGGCUGCUCAGGCAUGUCUUUCAAUGAAGCUUUCAGAUUUUGAAGUGCUGUGUGUGUGGUUGUGUGUGUGUGUGUGUGUGUGUGUGUGUGUGUGUGUGUGUAUUUGCACGCUUGAAUGUUUGGCGAUAUUACGUGUUCAUAUUCAAGAUCAAAGACCUGUUCAAAAGCACAACUUUUUUUGUUUGUCAUUCUGGGUAUGUUUGUGGGGUUCAGUACGUCAUCCUUUUCUAUGUGCAUGUGUAAGUGUUUCUCAUUACUUUCUUUCCAGACUGGCAACACACUGGUCAAGGGACUUUGAGUUAGUGUGGGUUUGUAGGGCGAGUAGUGAUGUCAACACACACACACACACACACACACACACACCUUUACAAACUUUCAUUUGUAUAUGCUCGGACUGACAACACCUUCACCCCACCUCCCUCCUUCCUUCUCUUCUAAACUCGACACUGGCACAAAAACAAACCACAGAUACUCUGCUUGACCCCAGCGUAGGGCAAAGGCUAUCCUGUAAUGGGGAAAAAGAGAGCGAAAAAGAAAGAGGGACUGGGAGUGAAAAAGGGGGAUGCGCAGAGCCACCACCUAAAACACACGCUCCCAAACUUUGGGUGACUACUAAGUAUUUUUUAAACCUCCCGCUGGGCUGGAUGUUUCAAUGUGUAGUUCAUACAUGCAUAAUCUAUGAGCAGAAUUGCGGUCUUACCUCAAUUAGCCACAAAUUCCUUAGUUUAAAAGUAACUGUUUUCUGUAAGCUGUGCAACGCCAUCUUCCCUACAUCUUCCCCCACAUGGGCCAGCCCCCUAGCAAUUUGAGUUCAACCAUUGAGCUUCAGCCCCUCACCAUAUGUGACAGCUAGCAAGAGGUACAUCAUGCACACACAUUAGAGCGAGAGAGAGAGCAAUUACAUGGCACACAUAUGAAAUCAAAUGUUAUUCGUAAACAACAGGUGUAGACUAAAGGCGUCCGCAUGCUUCAGUUCGGAACGAGUGUGCUCGAACACUCCCUUAAAAGACCUUAACUUGAAAUACAAUAAAAAAGCGGCAAUAGUACUGUUUGUCCAUUUUGAGACGCUGUAGCCAGUAUACGCUUCGUCAAAAUAGUCUGAAUUAAUCUAAAAUAACUCAAGGAGAUUUAUUUUACAUCUGACUAAGAUGUUUGGUGCAGUAUUUCUCAAUGAAAAAAUGUGCAUGAAAAAGAGUCUUAUCUUGCUGAAUGACAACAAAGACUAUUGAAGAAUCCCUACUGUUGACCAAUCACCGACGAAGGGGCGUAGACUUUGGCUCCGAACUUCGGCUUGCCUCUAGAAAUGUUUUUGUGUGCCAGAACAGCCCAAAAAAAGCUAGCAGAAGUCCAAAACAAAUAAAAACCUCACAAACUGUCAUCAUAAUAUAUGCACAAACUCAUCCUAAAUGUUUCAGCUGGAAAGCAUGUGGACGCCUUCAAUGGGAAAUGCUUACUUCCCAAAAAUGCAAAGAGAAAAAAUGAUAAAUAAUAGAAAAAUAAUGACACAAGGAAUAAAUACACAAUGAGUGACGAUAACAUUGCUGUAUACACGGGGUACCAGUACCGAGUUGAUGUGCAGGGGUAUGAGGUAAUUGAGAUAGAUACAGUGCAUUCGGAAAGUAUUCAGACCCCUUCCCCUUUUCCACAUUUUGUUACGUUACAGCCUUAUUCUAAAAUUGAUUAAAUUAAAUUUUUUCCUCAUCAAUCUACACACAAUACCCCAUAAUGACAAAGCGAAAACAGGUUUUUAGACAUUUUUGCAAAUUUAUUAAAAACUGAAAACUGAAAUACCUUAUUUACAUAAGUAUUCAGACCCUUUGCUAUGAGACUCGAAAUUGAGCUCUGGUGUAUCCUGUUUCCAUUGAUCAUCCUUCAGAUGUUUCUACAACUUGAUUGGAGUCCACCUGUGGUAAAUUCAAUUGAUUGGACAUGAUUUGGAAAGGCACACACCUGUCUAUAUAAGGUCCCACAGUUGACAGUGCAUGUCAGAGCAAAAACCAAGCCAUGAGGUCGAAGGAAUUGUCCGUAGAGCUCAGAGACAGGAUCGUGUCGAGGCACAGAUCUGGGGAAGGGUACCAAAAAAAUUAUGCAGCAUUGAAGGUCCCCAAGAACACAGUGGCCUCCAUCAUUCUUAAAUCGAAGAAGUUUGGAACCACCAAAACUCUUCCUAGAGCUGGCCGCCCGGCCAAACUGAGCAAUCUGAGGAGAAGGGCCUUGUUCAGGGAGGUGACCAAGAACCCGUUGGUCACUUUGACAGAGCUCCAUAGUUCCUCGGUGGAGAUGGGAGAACCUUCCAGAAGGACAACCAUCUCUGCAGCACUCCACCAAUCAGGCCUUUAUGGUACAGUGGCCAGACAGAAGCCACUCCUCAGUAAAAGGCACAUGACAGCCCGCUUGCACCUAAAGGACUCUGACCAUGAGAAACAAGAUUCUCUGGUCUGAUGAAACCAAGAUUUAACUCUUUGGCCUGAAUGCCAAGCGUCACGUCUGGAGGAAACCAGGCACCAUCCCUAUGGUGAAGCAUGGUGGUGGCAGCACCAUGCUGUGGGGAUGUUUUUCAGCAGCAGGGACUGGGAGACUAGUCAGGAUCGAGGGAAAGAUGAACGGAACAAAGUACAGAGAGAUCCUUGAUGAAAACCUGCUCCAGCGCUCUCAGGACCUCAGACUGGGGCAAAGGUUCACCUUCCAACAGGACAACCACCCUAAGCACACAGCCAAGACAAUGUAGGAGUUGCUUCAGGACAAGUCUCUGAAUGUCCUUGAGUGGCCCAGCCAGAGCCCAGACUAGAAUCUGAUCGAACGUCUCUGGAAAGACCUGAAAAUAGCUGUGCAGUGACGCUCCCCAUCCAACCUGACAGCUUGAGAGGAUCUGCAGAGAAGAAUGGGAGAAACUCCCCAAAUAUAGGUGUGCCAAGCUUGUAGCGUCAUACCCAAGAAGACUCGAGGCUGUAAGCGCUGCCAAAGGUCCUUCAACAAAGUACUGAGUAAAGGGUCUGAAUACUUAUGUAAAUGUGAUAUUUCAGUUGUAAUUUUUGUAUGAAUUUGCAACAAUUUCCAAAAACCAGUUUUUGCUUUGUCAUUAUUGGGUAUUGUGUGAACCCCCCCCCCCCCCCCCCAAAAAAAAACAACAACAACAUUUAAACCAUUUUAGAAUGAGGCUGUAAUGUAACAAAAUGUGGAAAAAGUCAAAGGGGUCUGAAUACCUUCAGAAUGCACUGUAUGUACAUAUAGGUAGGGAUAAAGUGACUAGGCAACAGGAUAGAUAAUAAACAGUAACAGCAAAUAGUCUGGGUAGCUAUUUAUCAGUCUUAUGGCUUGGGGUUAGAAGCUGUUCAGGGUCCUGUUUGUUCCAGACUUGGUGCAUCAGUACCACUUGCCGUGUGGUAGCAGAGAGCACAGUCUAUGACUUGGGUGGCUGGAGUCUGGAGAAUUUUUAGGGCCUUCCUCUGACACCGCCUGGUAUAGAGGUCCUGGAUGGUAGAGAGCUCGGCCCCAGUGAUGUACUGGGUUGUACGCACUAUCCUCUGUAGCUCCUUUCGGUCGGAUGCUAAGCAGUUACCAUACCAAGCAGUGAUACAGCCAGUCAAGAUGCUGUUAAUGGUGCAGCUGUGUAACUUUUUAAGGAUCUGAGGGAACCUGCUACAUUUUUCAGCCUCCUGAGGGGAAAGAGCAUUGUCGUGCCCUCUUCACGACUGUGUUGGUGUGUGUGGACCAAGAUAAUUCCUUAGUGAUGUGGACACAGAGGAACUUGAUAUUAGGAAGGUGUUCUUAAUGUUUUGUACACUCAGCAUGAGCUCUCUUUUUACACGAGGCAGUGUUGUUCAGUACAAUACCAAUUGGUGAUCGAUUCAGCCAUAACAGGGCUUGCUAGUACCACUACAAACCAAGCUAGCCAAGUUUAGCUAGCUAACUAGCUAGCUGUGUUUGCUAUACCUAAAAUGUACUGUAGUCUAAUAUUAUCUCUAGCUAGAUAACUAGCCUAGCUAGCCUCAGUGCCUCUCAUUAGGAGCAAAACUGGAGAAAUGUUUUGAUGAUGAGGGUGAAUAAUAAAGGAAUGACUUUGGCUUGAUGACUUAUAUUAGUCUUGGAGUAACUACACCUGUGUGUUGUAGCUAGCUAGCUGACGUGUGUCUGUGAGAUGUCACAUAUUCUACUCCAUGCUGCUACAGUAGGAAUACAGACAGUUCACAACGAUUGCCCAUGAAUGUGUAAUAGCGUUUUCGUCUUUCUCUCACAGACAAUAAUGACUCUCAAGUAGAGAUGUGAAAGGUCCCAUAACAACAAUCUCCCCUUGUAUCAAAGUGACUCCGAACACCUCACUGCACCACCCAAACACACCAUAUGCAAGUAUUCCCUUUGUAGAACUGUAUUAUUUAUUAUAAGCGGUAGUAGUAUAUUGUUAUUCUACUGUAUAUAUGUCAUACAUUGCCAUAACUGUUCCUGCAGAUUGCUGUGUAAACUCACCUCGGUCUCCAGAGCAAGUAAACUGUAUUGAAUACAAGCCAUGUCUACUUAUUUGCUAUAUUGACAGGACUAAUCUACUGUUUUAUUAAAUCAUGUUUACUUUCCAACAAAUUCAUGUUUAAACGAUAAACCAACUCCCUGCAUCAUUUGUUUUAGCAGGAAGACUGAAGCUAGUUUAUCCAAAUAAAUUGUAUUACAUUUCAAUAUGUAUUGAUCAAUAAGUUGAAGUGAACACUUUAUUGGUUUCUGAUGCAGCUGAAAUAAUUUAGUCAAUUGUCAGUACAGCUUAUAUAAAACACAGUUAUAUACAUACAGCAUGUACAACAGCUAGCAAUAUCUAUACCACAAUGCCGUUGUGAGCAUACUAGGCAUUCUAUAUUUAAGUGAUAAUGCCUGAGAAGCCGGUGUUUGGAGGAUAUAUUGGCACGGGUGUUGUUAGACCCGAGACUAAGUCGAGGGCCGGCAAACCGUGCCAAUAUAUCCUCCAAACACCGGCUUCGUGGGCAUUAUCACUUUUAUACAACGGGUUACGAACAUAUUCAAAUAAUGAUUGACAUAUUUUCAUAUAAAAUGUUAUUUUGAUGAAUUUAUUCAUACUAUUUCAUCCUUCCAUAAAAUAUAGUCCCAACACAUCUAGGGUUGCUACCCAAGCCGGCUCGUCAUUCGUUCUAUCGGUUCGGUUGCCAGAGACACGACCCACUCGUUCGUUCUAAAUGUUCCAUUGCCAUACUGGCUGGCAACAUUCUUAUCCCUUGUUUGCUAGCUAGCCAACUACGGCUAACUUACAGUCAUGUCAAAAAGUAGUAUUUGUUUAAGUUGUUUUCUAGUGACGUUUAUUUGGAUACAUCCAUAACAAUGAGCUAAUGAGGCGCGAUUUCGCCUAGCAUAGAACAUGUGCUCACUCGUCAGGACACUGUUGUUCAGAGGAGCUAGCCAACAACACAGCUAACACAAUCGCUUCAAACUGAAGCUGGAAAGACUGCAAACUAGCUGCACUUCGUUUAGUUUUACCUUUUUUAAAUUGGCAUUUCUUUGUAUAUAUCCAUAAAAAUGAUGUCAGCUGAUUCAUGAUUUCAACUGGCUGAGAAAUGCUGCCUGCCUGUCAGUCUCGUUCCGACUCCCGACACGUUUCAUUACUAUGGGACAGCUGGAGAUCGAAUUUGAAUAUUGAAAUAAUGUUGCAAAUGUCAGAGAGACAGACAGCAAGGUUUAUACAAAUCUCCGCUGUUGAAAACUAAAUGUUAGUCUAAAAGAAAUGUAAGAUAAUGUCUAGAUGCUUUUUAUAGUGGAGAUGAAGUUUAUAAAUUGCCUGGCUGGGCUGAUGAGACAGUGGAUUGCGUAGUCAGAUGGAACAGAGUAAAUAGGCAUUUUAACGUCAUAGAUUUAGCCAGUGGUAAGUUGUGGAAUAGACACAGGAUGGAAUGCGGUUUUAACCAAUCAGCAUUCAGGAUUAGACCCACCCGUUGUAUAAUAUACUACAACAUCAGUCUAACUGAAUAUGGAUGUUGUGUUGGUUGAAUGUUCCAGGCAGGUUCCAGAAUGUUCUUCAGCUGGUGAACCUCUUCUUGUGUUGGGUAAUGGCAGCUGGUUUAGCUGGCUUUGGCGCUGUGGCGAUGUUGGCAGGGAUGUUGGGUUUGGUAUUUUAUUAAGAUCCCCAUUAGCUGUUGCGAAAGCAGCAGCUACUCUUUCUGGGGUCCACACAAAACAUGAAACAUGACAUAAUACAGAACAUUAAUAGACAAGAACAGCUCAAGGACAGAACUACAUAAAUAAAAAAACAGCACACAUAGCCUACUGUGACUCUGGCUCUUUGUAGAAUAACCGUCUGGUCCUUUCUGCACUCCACAGCCAGGAGGAAAAGGCUCUCGUACACUUUCUUCACCACCCACUGCUUCGACCUCUUGCAGAAGAGUUGUUUGUACUGCACGUCUCCUGGAAAGACAUGAAGAAAGAUCAUGAGGAUGUGUAACCAAAUCAUAUCCCCAGAUAGCAGCUGGCUAAUUACAUUGAUAUGCUUUGGAAUGUGUAGCCAGCGUAUUAUGAAAGCUAGCUAGCUAGCUAGAUUUUGGAUUAGAUAAACAAAUAUAACAAAAAUAUAAACGCAACAUGUUUCAUGAGCUGAAAUAAAAGAUCCCAGAAAUGUUCCGUUACGCACAAAAACCUUAUUUCUCUCAAAUGUUGUGCACAAAUUUGUUUACAUCCCUUUUAGUGAGCAUUUCAUGUUUCACACAUGGCUUUUCUUAUGAUCCUAACAAUUUACAGUUGAAGUUGGAAGUUUACAUACACCUUAGCCAAAUACAUUUAAACUCAGUUUUUCACAAUUCUUGACAUUUAAUCCUAGUAAAAAUUCCCUGUCUUAGGUCAGUUAGGAUCACCACUUUAUUUUAAGAAUGUGAAAUGUCAGAAUAAUAGUAGAGUGAUUUAUUUCAGCUUUUAUUUCUUUCAUCACAUUCCCAGUGGGUCAGAAGUUUACAUACACUCAAUUAGUAUUUGAUAGCAUUGCCUUUAAAUUGUUUAACUUGGGUCAAACGUUUCAGGUAGCCUUCCACAAGCUUCCCACAAUAAGUUGGAUGAAUUUUGGCCCAUUCCUCCUGACAAAGCUGGUGUAACUGAGUCAGGUUUGUAGGCCUCCUUGCUCGCACACGCUUUUUCAGUUCUGCCCACAAAUGUUCUAUAGGAUUGAGGUCAGUGCUUUGUGAUGGCCACUCCAAUACCUUGACUUUGUUGUCCUUAAGCCAUUUUGCCACAUUUUUACAUUUUAGUAAUUUAGCAGACGCUCUUAUCCAGAGCGACUUAGUUAGUGAGUGCAUAAUAUUUUUUUCAUAUUGGCCCCCCGUAGGAAUCGGACCCACAACCCUGGCGUUGCAAGCGCCAUGCUCUACCAACUGAGCUACACGGGACCCACAACUUUGGAAGUAUGCUUGGGGUCAUUGUACAUUUGGAAGACCCAUUUGCGACCAAGCUUUAACUUCCUGACUGAUGUCUUGAGAUGUUGCUUCAAUAUAUCCACAUAAUUUUCCUUCCUCAUGAUGCCAUCUAUUUUGUGAAGUGCAUCAGUCCCUCCUGCAGCAAAGCACCCCCACAGCAUGAUGCUGCCACCCCCGUGCUUCACGGUUGGGAUGGUGUUCUUCGGCUUGCAAGCCGCCCCACUUUUUCCUCCAAACAUAACGAUGGUCAUUAUGGCCAAACAGUUCUAUUUUUGUUUCAUCAGACCAGAGGACAUUUCUCAAAAAAGUAUGAUCUUUGUCCCCAUGUGCAGUUGCAAACCGUAGUGUGGCUUUUUAAUGGCGGUUUUGGAGCAGUGGCUUCUUCCUUGCUGAGCGGCCUUUCAGGUUAUGCCGAUAUAUAGGACUCAUGUUACUGUGGAUAUAGAUACUUUUGAACCCGUUUCCUCCAGCAUCUUCACAAGGUCCUUUUGCCAGUUGUUCUGGGAUUGAUUUGCACUUUUCGCACCAAAGUACGUUCAUCUCUAGGAGACAGAACGCGUCUCCUUCCUGAGCGGUAUGACGGCUGCGUGGUCCCAUGGUGUUGAUACUUGCGUACUAUUGUUUGUACAGAUGAACGUGGUACCUUCAGGCGUUUGGAAAUUGCUCCCAAGGAUGAACCAGACUUGUGGAGGUCUACAAUUAUUUUUCUGAGGUCUUGGCUGAUUUCUUUUGAUUUUCCCAUGAUGUCAAGCAAAGAGGUGCUGAGUUUGAAGGUAGGCCUUGAAAUACAUCCACAAAUUAUGUCAGUUAGCCUAUCAGAAGCUUCUAAAGCCAUGACAUCAUUUUCUGGAAUUUUCCAAGCUGUUUAAAGGCACUUAGUGUAUUUAAACCUCUGACCCACUGGAAUUGUGAUACAGUGAAUUAUAAGUGAAAUAAUCUGUCUGUAAACAAUUGUUGGAAAUAUUACUUGUGUCAUGCACAAGUGGAUGUCCUAACCGACUUGCCAAAACUAAAGUUUGUUAACAAGAAAUUUGUGGAGUGGUUGAAAAACGAGUUUUAAUGACUCCAACCUAAGUGUAUGUAAACUUCCGACUUCAACUGUACGUAUGGAUUUUCUUACAAUCCUAACGAUACGUACGUUCAACCUUUUGACAGCUAUCUCGCUCCAUAGUUCUGCCCCAGCCUUUACCCACUCUUCCCAGUCUGCUGUCUGUAUGCUCUGCUGUGCUCCCUCUAUUUGCCAAGAUGCCCUUCCCCUUCCCUAACUGAGGCUAUGAUCUAACUGCAGCCAGCUUCCCCCUCCACGCACACUCUUCCCCCCCCCCCCCCCCCCCCCCCCCCCCCCCCCAGCCCUCUCUCUCUCUUACUCCCUCUCUCUGUCUCACUCUCUCUUACUCACACACACACACACUGACACGCACACUGUUUCACUGCUCUGCAUAGUAUUUUUGAUCUACAACCACAAGUGGAACAUGAAGACUGGGGGCUGUGUCAAUACCAAUGCAUGUAUUGUGUUCUGGCAGAAGAGGAGAGGAGGAGAGGGAGGGAGGAAGGGUUGUUGAUCUUGUGCUUCUGACCCACUCUCUCUGCCCUCUCUUUCUUUCUUUCUUUCUUUCUUUCUUUCUUUCUUUCUUUCUUUCUUUCUUUCUUUCUUUCUUUCUUUCUUUCUUUCUUUCUUUCUUUCUUUCUUUCUUUCUUUCUUUCUUUCUUUCUUUCUCACUGAUCUAGAGACAGUUGGAUAAUGAAAUCAGAAUAAAGGCGCUACACACUCCGUCUUAGAUCAACAACACUGUUGUUCUUGUCCUUUGUGAUCAGGGACAUGCAAAGACAGAAAGAAAAAAUAUGUUGAGAAGAGGUGGAAAAAGGAGAGGGAAAACCCUAGAAACGGAGAGGCUAGCCUCAGAUCUUUACAGUCAAAUUCUUGGAAUGGAUCAAAGUUCACCAGCAGCCUUCGCCGUGUUCUGAUUGGCUGCGGAAAGGUGAAAUGAAAACCACUGUAAACUUUUGACCGCGCAGGAACUGGAGAGGAACGCCCAACACUGAAGCGGGAGCGCGCUUCUCUCUCUCUCUGUCCCUUCCUCUCCCUUGUUCUCUCUCUGUUCUCUCAUUCACCGUCUGUCUGUCUCACUCUCUCUGGCUUUGCUCUUUUCCAGUCACCCCCAUCCUUCUGUCUCCCUCUCUCUCUCUCUCUCUCUCUCUCUCUCUGGCUUCUCUCUCUCUCUCUCUCUCUCCUCCAUGAAUUGGUGGCACGCUGCAUGCAGCCCUACAAGCAAGAGGGAGGGAGGGAGCGAGAGGCACAGAGAGAAGGAAAGAGCUGGGGGAGGGGUAGAGAGGGAGGAGAGGGGGGAUGGGGAGGGAGAGCGAGGGAGAACAGGAGAAAGGACAGAGCAAGGCAGAGAAGAGGAAUGCAGCCUUUUUGACUAUGUGCCAUAAUGACACAAACUGGUCCCUAUUAAAACAGAAAUAAUCUAAAGGGAAGAGGAGAAGGCAAUGAAUGUAUAAAUAGAAGUGGAACUGGCGAGUAGAGCGCCAGAGCGGGGGGGGUGGGCGGGUACAUUUUUACUCCUAAUGUUUUCUCUCAUUACACCUCAAACGGUUUGAGGGGGUCUCGAGUCGGCCGAUUUAACUAGAAGAGCAGCCCUCUCCCUCCCUCUCUCUCACUGGCUGCUUUGAUUCCAUGUGUAAGGCACGCAGGCAGAGGGCUUUAACUGUCUGCUGCUCUUCGCACAGGGAGGAUGGCACGUUUUGGUUUGGAUGAAGCAGUGGUAUGAGCUGAGAAUUGUUGUGAUAUUCACUAUGGUACAGGUGGGAGAAAGGGAUGAGCGAGACUGGAGGGAGACCAGGUAGAUGAAGAGGCAGAGGGGGGAUGAAGAGAGGAUGGAGGGGGCACAAGCUGGAUGGGAUUUGGUUUUUUAUUUAACUAGGCAAGUCAGUUAAGAACAAAUUCUUAUUUACAAUGACGGCCUACACCGGCCAAACCCGGACGACGCUGGGCCAAUUGUGCACCGCCCUAUGGGACUCCCAAUCACAGCCGGUUGUGAUACAGCCUGGAAUCGAACCAGGGGGUCUGUAGUGACGCCUCAAGCACUGAGAUGCAGUGCCUUAGACCGCUGCGCCACUCGGGAGCCCAAAGGAGGAAAGGGUUACAGGUGAGAAGAUAGUAUCUAUAGAGGAAACGAGAGGAAAGGAUGGUGAGGGGGAAAUAUGAAGAGAAAGAGCGAGACGAAUGGAGAAAAUAAUACUGGUGGGCAGAGAGGAAUGUCGAGUUAAACAGAGGGAGAGUGAAACAAAAAGGGAUGCAGAUCUGAGAGACGGAGGGAGAGAAUGAGAGAGGCUGAAUCCCAAAUCAACCCCUUGCCCCUCGGCCCUCCAUUUGCACGUUUACACGCGCCUCCGCCAUAUGCACAAGUGUCCCAAAGCUGAGGGAGUGAAAAUUAUGGAGGGUGUAGCUAAUUAGACCCCCCCCCCCCCCCGAUAACAACUUCGACCGAGCCAGCAACACUGCCGGCUUCAGAGCGAAGUGGAAUCCCAUAAGGCACUGCGUUAUUUUUGAGUUUGUGCAAUUUCACACAAAAGAAUGGAGGGGCGUGCCUAAUUAUAUGUCACGUGCAUUUGUUUGUCAGAUUUCGAGACUUGACACAUGUAAAAGAUUAAAUAGCUCCCAAAUUAAAUGUUUAACUGUUACUGAGGUUUAUAUCUUGUAAAACGACGGGGGAUUUGUUAAUUCGAAUUUCAUGCUUGUUUUAUUAUUUAAAAGUGGUACAUGAAUUGCAUCAUUCAAGUCAGAAGUCUAUGCCGAAGUUGAUGGGUUUAUUGAUCCCCUCGCCAUUCUCUGGAAGUCACCCUCAGAGUUUCAUCAGCAACAUGUGACAACCGAUUAAGUUGGUAGGGGCGAGGGGGUGGUUUGGGAUUCACACACAGACACAGACAGAGAGAUAUUUUCUCUUCCUGUUCCCCCAGCACAAUGGCACCAUAUGGUCAUAACGUAUAAAGCUCUCACACUCUUCUCUCUCUCUCUUGCCAGACUGUUUUCCUCUCCUCCACCUCUCUACAGCUCCCCCUCUCCCAGCCAAUUACCUCACAGCCCAUUAGAUAAGGAGCAAACACAAACACACACAUCCCAUUAGGUAAGCAGCACCCCCACCACCGACACGUGUGCACACACACGUGUCCCCCAUGAGAUAAGGCUCACCCCCACAAACAUAUAUUGCACAUGCACACAAACACACACACAGCCUGUUAGAUAAGGGCCCCAUCCCCCCUCUAAUGGGAAGGAGAUUAAUACCGACAGAAAAAAAUAUUUCUCAAGAUGUCUCUCUCCCCUUGCUUAGCUCGGCCCGGGUUUAAAUAUUUAAAGCCAAGAUGAUAUUUUUCUUUCCAUUGUGCAGUCAUGGAAUUGUUUAUUUUCUCUGAUGUUAAUGUGUGUCUGCUGAGAUGGUAGAGCUGGGGAAAAGUCAAAUGCAUGCAGGUAGGGUAGAUGUGGGCUAUUUGUGUUUUAAAUACAGAUUGGUGUGUGUUCUUUUCUCUUGAUGUGUGUGUGUAUUGAUGUAUAGGCUAUUAAUUUUCCAAAAGUGUGUGUGUGCCUGUGUGUACACGCUUAUGUGUGGUUUUGCGGGUUGCUAUGCAGUUUUUGUGGCUCUCCAGCAGCGUGUGCUUUUGUCUGUGGUAAUGAUGGAUGGCAGGCAGGAAGCUAAUGUGAUUUGGAUGCUCCACCAGGAGAAAAGUGUUUGUUGUGUGCGCGCGCCUGACUGUGUGUCUGUACGCCUCUUGCAUGCCUGUGUGUGUGUGUGUGUGUGUGUGUGUGUGUGUGUGUCAGGCUGUUGAAGGCUUUCUGCCCUACGUCUGUAGAUAGCUGAAUCUGCAAUGUACACCCUCCUCUACCUCCCUCUCUUUUUCCUCUCUCUCUCCAUUUUAUUUGACUGUGCUUUGCAGUUUUUUGAUGGUGGAGAAAAUAGGGAGGAUGUGAAUGUUUUUGUAAAGGUGAAUCUGCUCCCUGGCCUGCCAGAGGAGGGAGGGACGGUGCUCUCUCUAAGUCCUUGGUGAUGGUUAUUGUGAGCCAGUUUACGUCCUCUGGCUCCUGAGCAACUCUGGCUGUGGGUGGCAUACAAUUACCUCCAUGUCUCUGGUCAUGCAUUAAGCAUUGGACCUGGAGGAAGUUCUAGGAUUGUACUAUUACUAGUUCCCAAACGUUGUGUAGUUCUGUCGUCAGUGUGCACCGCGCACUUAACUGGACAAUACAGUUAUCGGGAGCAAUUGAAGCUGUUGGACUGAAAGUUUGCACUAACGUGCACUUGACUGGUUGACUGGACAGUAUCUGUUCCUAACAACCUAUGUCAUAUGACUGUUGUAUUGCAGGUCCUGUGUGGCUCAGUUGGUAGAGCAUGGCCCUUGCAACGCCAGAGUUGUGGGUUCGAUUCCCACGGGGUACCAGUACGAAAAUGUAUGCACUAACUACUUUAAGUCGCUCUUAUCUGGAAAAGAGUGUCUACUAAAUGACUCAAAUGUAAAAAUGCAGUGUAGUUACAUAAGCUAUAUAUGGUGGACCCAGUGUCUCUGAACGGAUGGCUCAGAGUUCUGUAUGCUGAUCUGAUACGCUCAACGUUCGUCAGAUAUGGCUUAAAAUAGAGCUGGUUCACCCAACCUGAACCCUUUUUUUCUCUCUUACGGUUCCACCCUUCUGUCUUGCUCUGUCUCUCAUUUUCUUUCUCUGAACUUUACUGUGAGUUCCAACUUUUUUUGGGACCUUAGCCAACAUUUAACUGACUGUGGUUAUAAACAGGACAUAUCAUGAUAUCUCACUGACAGAUCAGGAGCCUUAUUAUUGUAUUUGGAUAGUAACAGUAUCCGGUUUCCUCAUCUUACAUUUCAAUUCUCUAAUCUAAGGAAAGUAAACCACGUCUUUAUGAUGAAUGUGUGUGUUAGGCUGCCGGGUUAGGACAAAGGGUGAACAGGAGCAGAUUAUUCGUCUGUGGAAAGGCAGACUGCCCGUCUGAUCAGCUUCACAUUCACCAUGAAUCCUCAUGUCAGAUCACAUUCAAUGGUAGCAUAUCAACCUUUCAGUGUUUGUCCUGUUGUCAAAGUUAAUCACUUGAUGAUGCUAGGCUGUAAGAGGCAGGGUAGGAUGCUCUGUUAAUCCUUUUAGAAAGAUAUAGUGUAGCUCACUGCUCUUUAAAUAACCCACAUUCUCAGAAAGUUUGGAUCGUGGAAAAUCCUAAGUGGUUUCAUCAGUGACACAACUAUGCUUAGCUAGUGAAAUAACAAUGUUACACAACGCUGUCUGAUGCUCUCUCUCACGUCUCACUCAGGUGUAAAAGGAAUGUAGGGGAAUGGUGUGAUUUUGGAGGGUGGAUUUCUUAAAGUUGUUGUGACUUGGGUUUGGUUUAGCUGUUAGGUGGAAGAUAAGAGAGAAAGACAAUACACAGAGAGAGGGAUGGAGGGCAGAGGGACCAUCAAGGCAAGGUUAGGGGGUGGGGGUGGCUUAUUGAUUGACCUAUUACAUUAAUGAGGUCUGAGUAGCCUUCUCUCUGUGUGUGUGUGUGUGUGUGUGUGUGUGUGUGUGUGUGUGUGUGUGUGUGUGUGUGUGUGUGUGUGUGUGUGUGCCCGCGCACACACACACCACCCGUGGAGCUAUAAAACAGCCGCCCGCCUGCAUAUGCUUAAUUAUAUUAUUAAUAGGCCUACCAGAAUGUUUGGACACUGGGUAAUUUUCCCAGGGAGGGAUAUCAUUAUCCUUUUUUUCUCCAUUUGAAAAUCGUUAACUUACUCCCUAAAUUACAGCGUUCAGUCGCUCUCUUUCUGUCUCCCACUCCCUCUUUCUUCAUACCUUCUCCCUUCCAUCCCUCAAUGUGCAGGCAAAAGGAAAGCCAUGUGUAACACUGUUGCCUGGUCAAGGCUUUACUGUAGGCCUGCUACACAAUACACUUAGACAUUGUGUUCGGAAGGAUUAUGUAUACAUGACUCAUGAAGUUCAACUUGGUUUUUUGAUAACCCUUUCUUUUGGUUUAUGAUAUGAUAUAGAAGUGUCUGUCUCUUACCUCCAGCCAGGUGAUAAAGGUGAUGUGUGUUAUAUCACACAAGCUCCACACGUGUCUCGUCACACUCUCGGUUGAUGUUCUUCAGGGUUCAGCUGAAGGUGACAGCUGAGGACGUGUGUGUUUUUACCCUCCUUAUCUUAUCUCGGCUCUGCUUGUGGCUCCUGAGCAACUUUACAGCCAGACAGUCCCAAAUUACACACUGGAAUGUGUCCUUUCUUACAACAGUUAUUAUCUCUCUCUCUCUCUCUCUCUCUCUCUCUCUCUCUCUCUCUCUCUCUCUCUCUCUCUCUCUCUCUCUCUCUCUCUCUCUCUCUCUCUCUCUCUCUCUCUCUCUCUCUCUCUCUCUCUCUCUCUCUCUCUCUCUCUCCCCCCUUCCUCAGUUUGUAACAGUGCAGGCGUUGGCACUAGCAGCACUGUGCACAUUCAAAUGCUCAGCACAUGGCUAGCCUAAGGUUUGGCUCAGUGCAGUUCUAUUGUUGCACUACUCUACACACUGGAUUAGUUUGGACCGCAGUCAGUGGCUUCAGCUACUCUUGUGCCAGUUGAACUCCAGUUGGCCCAUUAUAGGGAAGCCAAGGUGGCUGGUAAACUAGCCAAUCGGAUUGUAGAUUAGCUCAAUUACUUACUUAUCCUGUUGUGUAUAGACCUUUUUGCUUUGGCGUGUAGGAUGACAACAGUUAUAUCUUACUACAAAACUACUCUAGUUCUGCAGAAGAGUUUCUACUACCAAACUGUUUUGCUACUUAGGACUGAUAGAUACGCUUGGAGUCUUCUCUGUAUAUACAGUGGGGUCCAACAUUUUUGGAUCCCUUGAUAAAGAUGAGCAAAAAAGACUAUACAAUAAAUAAUGCAAAUACUGAUCUAUAUAGUAUGCUCAAAACAUUUAUAUAUUAUAUUAUGUUAUAUUAAUACAAUUGCUCAGAGAAAGAGAUUUUGUUUAAAAAGUAAUACAAGAAAAUCUCAAUACAUCACCCUCCGCUUGCAAGGAUAACGACACUGAGGCUUUUUCCUAAAUGUUUUAUGAGAUUGGAGAACACAUUGGGAGGGAUCUUAGACCAUUCCUCCAUACAGAAUCUUUCCAGAUCCUUGAUAACCUUUGUCUGCGCUUAUGGACUGCCCUCUUCAAUUCAAACCACAUGUUUUCAAUGGGGUUCAAGUCCGGAGACUGAGAUGGCCAUUGAGAAAUGUUGAUUUUGUGGUCAAUUAACCAUUUCUUUGUGGAUUUUGAUAUGUGCUGGAAGAUUCACUUGCGGCCAAGUUUUAGGCAACCAGGUUUUCGGCAAAAAUGUCCUGUUACUUGGUAAAGAUCAUGAUGCCGUUCAGCAAACUCCAGGCAGUGCUAUGGUCAGAUGACAUGGAAAUAGAGCUCACCAAUGGUGGGUUUAAUAGUUUUGGACCCCACUGUAUAAAAAAACUUGACUGUUGAGUUAGGUUAGGGCUGUUGGAGUUGCAGUAGGUACUGUAUGUUCUUGGAAGGGUUAGGGCUGUUGGAGUUGCAGUAGGUACUGUAUGUUCUUGGAAGGGUUAGGGCUGUUGGAGUUGCAGUAGGUACUGUAUGUUCUUGGAAGGGUUAGGGCUGUUGGAGUUGCAGUAGGUACUGUAUGUUCUUGGAAGGGUUAGGGUUGUUGGAGUUGCAGUAGGUACUGUAUGUUCUUGGAAGGGUUAGGGCAUUUUUUUUGAAUAUGUACAGUGCAUUCAGAUUAUUUUUUGUUAUGUUACAGCCUUAUUCUAAAAUUGAUUAAAUUACAUUUUUUCCUGAUCAAUCUACACACAAUACCCCAUAAUGACAAAGUGAAAACAGGUUUUUAGACAUUUUUGCAAAUGUAUAAAAAAUGUAUAACAGUAGCCUCCCGAGUGGCGCAGCGGUCUAAAGCACUGCAUCGCAGUGCUAGAGGCGUCACUACAGACCCGGGUUCGAUCUUGGGCUGUAUUACAACCGUCCGUGAUCGGGAGUCCCAUAGGGCGGUGCACAAUUUGGCCCAGCGUCGUCUGGGUUAGGGUCGUCAGUGUCAGUGUUUCUUCCGACACAUUGGUGCGGCUGGCUUCCGGGUUAAGGGGGCGGGUGUUAAGAAGCGCGGUUAGGCGGGUCAUGUUUCAGAGGACGCAUAACUCGACCUUCGCCUCCCAAGCCCAUUGGGGAGUUGCAGAGAUCGAAAUUGGGGAGAAAAAGCAAAAUAUACAGUACCAGUCAAAAGUUUGGACACACCUACUAAUUCCAGGGUUUUUCUUUAUUUUUUACUAUUUUCUACAUUGUAGAAUAAUAGUGAAGAUAUAAAAACUAUGAAAUAACACAUAUAGAAUCAUGUAGUAACCAAAAAAGUGUUAAACAAAUCCAAAUAUAUUUUAUAUUUGAGAUUCUUCAAAUAGCCACCCUUUGCCUUGAUGACAGCUUUGCACACUCUUGGCAUUCUCUCAACCAGCUUCAUGAGGCAGUCAGGUUGAGAGAAUGCCAAGAUUGUGCAAAGCUGUCAUCAAGGCAAAGGGUGGCUAUUUGAAGAAUCUCAAAUAUAAAAUAUAUUUUGAUUUGUUUAACACUUUUUUGGUUACUACAUGAUUCCAUAUGUGUUAUUUCAUAGUUUCGAUGUCUUCACUAUUAUUCUACAAUGUGAAAUAUAGUAAAAAAUAAAGAAGAACCCUUGAAUGAGUCUGUGUGUCCAAACUUUUGACUGGUGGGGUAUAUAUACAAAGAUAAUAACAGAAAUACCUUAUUUACAUAAGUAUUCAGACCCUUUGCGAUGAGACUCGAAAUUGAGCUCCGGUGUAUCCUGUUUCUAUUGAUCAUCCUUGAGAUGUUUCUACAACUUGAUUGGAGUCCAUAUGUUGUAAAUUCAAUUGAUUGGACAUGAUUUGGAACAGAUCUGGGGAAGGGUACAAAAUAAUUCCGCAGCAUUGAAGGUCCCGAAGAACACAGUGGCCUCCAUCAUUCUUAAAUGGAAGAAGUUUGGAACCACCAAGACUCUUCGUAGAGCUGGCCGCCCAGCCAAACUGAGCAAUCGGGGGAGAAGGGCCUUGGUCAGGGAGGUGACCAAGAACCCGAUGGUCACUCUGACAGAGCUCCAGAGUUCAUCUGUGGAGAUGGGAGAACCUUCCAGAAGGACAACCAUCUCUGCAGCACUCCACAAUCAGGCCUUUAUGGUAGAGUGGCCAGACGGAAGCCCCUCUUCAGUAAAAGGCACAUGACAGCCCGCUUGGAGUUUGCCAAAAGGCACCUAAAGGACUCUCAGACCAUGAGAAACAAGAUUCUCUGGUCUGAUGAAACCAAGAUUGAACUCUUUGGCCCGAAUGCCAAGCGUCACGUCUGGAGGAAACCUGGCACCUACGGUGAAGCAUGGUGGUGGCAGCAUCAUGCUGUGUGGAUGUUUUUCAGCAACAUGGCCUGGGAGACUAGUCAGGAUAGAGGGAAAGCUGAAUGGAGCAAAGUACAGAGAGAUCCUUGAUGAAAACCUGCUCCAGAGUGCUCAGGACCUCCGACUGGGGCGAUGGUUCACCUUCCAACAGGACAACGACCCUAAGCACACAGCCAAGACAACACAGGAGUUGCUUCAGGACAAGUCUCUGAAUGUCCUUGUGGCCCAGCCAGAGCCCGGACUUGAACCCGAUCGAACAUCUCUGGAGAGACCUGAAAAUAGCUGUGCAGCGACGCUCCCCAUCCAACCUGACAGAGCUUGAGAGGAUCUGCAGAGAAGAAUGGGAGAAACUCCCCAAAUACAGGUGUGCCAAGCUUGUAAUCGCUGCCAAUGUUGCUUCAACAAAGUACUGAGUAAAGGGUCUGAAUAUUUAUGUAAAUGUUUUUUAUUAACAUUUCUAAAGACCUGUUUCUACUUUGUCAUUAUGGGGUAUUGUGUGUAGAUUGAUGAGGGGGGGGGAAACAAUCCAUUUUAGAAUAAGGGUGUAAAGUAUCAAAAGUUGGAAAAAGUCAAGGGGUCGGAAUACUUUCCAAAUGCAGUGUAAAUUGAUGGUUGAUGGCAGCCACAGUAGACACCCUGGGUUGCUGCCUGCUAGCAGAGUUAUUUCUGUUCUCAGGACCGCCUGGGAGAGAGGAGUUAUUUUAACCAGGUCCUAGAUCAGAUCUUAUGGCAUAGCAACGACGGUCAGAGAAGUUGACUAAGGCGCAUACAGAUCUGGGACCAGUUUUGAGUCCCUUUUAUCUCCCCCUGCUCUUUCUCUGAGGAGUGGCUCUUCUGGAGUUAGAGUCAGAACCAAAUAUUUGCUCUCUGCAGUGUUCAUUUGUUCUCACUGAAUAGGCUUCUCAAGGAAAGCAUCCAAUGAAGGCACUAACUGUCUCGCCAAAUGUUGCUACUCCCUUUCUGAUUGGCCGGGAUUAGGGACACAGUACCAUGGAGACAGUCACCCGCGUCUCGUGUGGUGAAUUGAGAGUCAGUGGUCCGUUUUGUACAAGCUCCUUUUUUUUAUGAACGGGGGAGAGCAUUGAUUUUAAGAAUGCUUUUGUGGAGCUGAGCUGGGCUGUGGAUACAUUUUUUUUAUUAGCCUCUGUGGUGUGAUUUUUUUAAGUGGAGGCGAGGUGCCAAGAUGUGGCUUGGUUCCUAUUCUGCUAGUGUGUAAGUGCCGGUUCUGUUGGAGGGGACUGGGGCUCCGCUAAAGAAGAGUCACCCAGAGAACUCACACACACACUGUAGCUGUACUGGGCUGUUUGUGUGUGCUGGCUGAUGCAGACACUGUCUCCCUUAUUCUGGGCCAGAACACAGAGAGAACACAAAAAGACUGACAAAAAGAGAAAAAGACAGAGUUCCACUAUAAAAGACAGACACAAGAUGGCGAGUAGGAGAGAAGAAAGAGAUAAAUGCAGAAAGGGAAGGAUGGACAGUGGAACAGGGAAAAAAUACUGUGAAAGAGGUAGAAGGCAAAUGAGAAAAAGGAACAAACAGUGAGUUAGCAGAAAGACAGAAUGGGUGAGUUUGUUACUGUAUGUGCUAGAGUAUCAUUGCCCCCUCUUCCUAUGUAGUUUGCGCUCUACACAAAUGUGCUCUGCCCUAAAGCUGCAGUUGCAUUGACCAGAGUGGCUGUUAUGGUAUGAAUGUGUUUUGAAUGAGGGUGUGUCUGCUGCCUGCCUGCCGUUAUGCGACUUCAUGCCACAGGCUUCACCUUUCGCUCUCCAUACGCACUGUAGCUCCCUGACACCAGAAAGACUCCCCAGGUGUAAACAGCACAUAGACUUCCAUUGACUGAGACUGAUCUCCCCAUUCUACCACUGGCUCCUUUCCAGGGACAGACAGGCAGACAGACUAUGCUUUCCUGUUGCAUCUGUAGCCUGCCUGCCACUUACUGUCUGACUCUCCAAUUGACUCUCCAGAUUUCCCCUCAGUCCCAGUCUGAGAUCCAAGUCAUCACUCUCUCCUCUUUCCCUCCUCUUCCACAUUCUCUCCAUUAUUUAGUUGAGCCUUGGGGUGUGUUGUUGAGGCCAGACGUGGAUGACAGGCAGACCCACUGGAAAUAAAGACUGUCAUUAUUGAGGGGAACAAUAAUUGAUCUGUCUUCAAAUCACUUUGGACUUUAAUGGUGUUUGUUUAACGAGACCAAGGUGAGAUGAUGUGAAUAAUUUAGUGAUUUGUCUGGUUAUAUGCUGCUGCGGCGGCUUCAUGCACAUACGCGCGCACACACAGUCUGUUUUAUAGUUAAAUCAAAGGCUCUUUUUUCUGCAAGGUGUAAUUGAGGAGUAGCGCGAGCUAAACAGAGAGUGUAGAGAAGAGGAGAUGAGGGCAGGAGAGAGGGACUGGAACAGGCCUCGGCGAGAGCGUGCCUCGGUGCCUGUGAGUUGAACACACAUACUCAACGCAUCUUAACCUCAUUCUCAGUGCUCUAAUAUUCAAGGCCUAAUGUUUAUACAAGCACCACAUGCAGUUAACUAGCAUUAUUAGCACUGUUCUUUAUGGCUUUGCUAAUUCGAGCACAAUGAUGCAUUAAUGAUCCCACUGAAGGCCUAUCUGUCCCCUUUCUGGCCCCACCCCUUAAACACUCACUGGAAGUUCCCCCUUGUCACGGACAUGCUAUAAAUCCACUCUGUUUAAGCAAUCGCUCUUUCUCUCGCUCUUUUUCUCUCUUUCUCCCAUCUCAAUUAGUAGGAAACACAUCGGCUGAAGGAGGGCCUUUGUUGGUUUGUGAGGGCCCAUACAUCACCCAAACUAGCGACCCCUUGACAGCCCCCAUCUGGUCCUCAUCACGGGGGUGCAGCCAACGGUCAGGCUGGAUGAUGCAUGGCACACAGGCACGCGCUCACACACACACACACACAUACAAUCACACAGGCACGCGCUCACAAACACACACACACACAUACAAUCACACAGGCACGCGCUCACAUACAUACGCACACACGUACACUCUAGGGUUGGCCGAUUUUACGAUUGCAUCGUCUAUCAACGAUGUUUGACAGCCAUCGUCGAUGGUGACGACAUCGUGAUGACACAAACGAUGGUUUAGUAUAUUUGAACUUGACUGCACCGCCGGAGUCUGGCAGUACACAAAAGCGCAGCGCAGUGAGCACACAGCAGGACGACAUGACAAAUGGACUAUUCCCUAAUUGCCAUUGCGUACAUUUUCAAUACAUUUGUGGUGGUUAGACUAUUAACCUAAUGCAAGAGGACAAUGUAGAUUGUAGAAAGAGCAGAGAGCACCAAAGCAGCGCAAAGUGUCCGAUGAGGCCUAACGUGUUUUUUUCCCCUCCUCUCCAAUGUCGGAUGAUCAUGGGUCUUUUGCAGCGGACACUCCAUUGCCUGUCUUACUGUUUUAAAAUCUUAAUUUCCCCUUCUUUUCCCUAAUCCCCAUUUGAUUUGAAUGUGACUUGUUCGCCUAGGCAUAGCCUACUCUUUCAUGAUCAACCAUCGAAUGAAUCUAUAGAUCUAACAGAGUCCCAUCUCAGAAUGUUAUUUGCGAAUAGAGAGAGAGAACAAACAAUUGCAAGAUGCACUAAUCGAAUACAAAGUAUAAACAAACGUGGCACGUUUAUGCUUUACUUGACCAAAAUGUAGGCAAAAUAAAUUGUGCCUUCGAAAAAUCCCUUCUUGCAACCCAAACAGCCAGUAAAAUAGGACUACAUAUAGGCUACUGUCAAUAAAAGUUGCAGUAAAUGUUACUUUGACAAGUUAAACUUAUAAACUAAUAUUUAUAAUAUUGUCAAAGUGUUUAUUAAUGUCAUUGAAUUGCGCAACGGGCAAUCGGGCAAAAGCUUCCACAGCAGCACUUUCAAUAAGCAGGAACAUAAAAAAAAUUAAUGAUGAGUCGGUGUCAGAGUUGUUUCACAAACAACUUUAUUUUGAAUAGCAAACAAAUUGUGCAUUUAUAUAAAAGUAAACAACAAUCGGAUAAAACAAAUUAUUAUUUAGCCUUUAUACAACGGGUGGGUCUAAUUCUGGACGCUGAUUGGUUAAAACUGCAUUCCAGCCGGUGUCUAUUCCACAAGUUACCACCGGCUAAAGCAAGACGUUGAAAUGCCUAUUUACUCUGUUCCAUCGCACUGCACAAUCCACUGUCUCAUCAGCCCACCCAGACAAUUUUUAAACUUGAUCUCCACUGUAAAAAGCAUCUAGACAUUAUCUCCAUUGCAGCCCGCAGGUAGAAAAACAUUCUGAUUAAAAAAUAAAUAUCAUAUAAAUCAUAUUGGCUAUGCAUGGCCUGUCUGCAAGGAAUUUGAAACAUUGUAUCAACUAUUAACUUGGUCAACACUAAGCUCCUGCUAGCAAACUUGCAACAUUGUAUAAAAUAUUAUUAUUAUUAUUAUAUUCUGGGCCCUCAGAGUUUCCUGUGCAAGUGAGCGCCAGACAGACAAAACUGUAGGCUAUUAACGCAAGGGAUAAGAAGUAAUUAGGUAGGCCUAUUUUAUGACGUUUCCACCGACCAGAGCAUGACAUUUUUUCCCCCCUUUCAUGCUGAGUGGUUAUCGAAAGGGAGAGAGCUGGAUUUUUUUUCCAAAUAGGCUACAUUGAAGAACUAUUGUCAUUCUCAAAGGAUGUAAAAACAGACUGUUUACUUACUGUUAGAGGCGAAGAACAAAUUACUUUGAGAAGCUCCACGGUGAUGGUGAGUUAAGACAAUCAGAAAUACUAUCUAAUCCCCAAAUGGGCACAUUUAUAGGCCUACUUCUAUGUGUAAUCAAGUGUGUGUCCUUACUCAAGCUUGACAGGAGCACUCCAAACAAAAUUAAAUAAACCAAAUGUAAACAACGUGUCCACUCCUACAAUGACAACGGUUAGACUGUAAAAGGAAUAUAUUGAAUGCAUUAACAGAAAUGACCAUAACCAAACAAACAUAGAUUAGAAAUUAUGGGAAUUAACAGUAAAUGUACUACUGGUGAUACUGAUGUGCAAUCCCCGCGGCCUCCGCAAUGGAUUAGUCCACUCAGACAGUCGUGAAUGUACCAUAAUUUUUUUUAAUACACUACUGUACACAUUCACUACAAGCUAUUGCUAUUAAAUUAUUCCAGCUAUUGUCUUCUUUAUAUACAGUGUGGAGAACAAGUAUUUGAUACACUGCCGAUUUUGCAGGUUUUCCUACUUACAAAGCAUGUAGAGGUCUGUAAUUUUUAUCAUAGGUGCACUUCAACUGUGAGAGACAGAAUCUAAAAAAAAUCCAGAAAAUCACAUUGUAUGAUUUUUAAGCAAAGUAUUUGAUCACCUACCAACCAGUAAGAAUUCCGGCUCUCACAGACCUGUUAGUUUUUCUUUAAGAAGCCCUCCUGUUCUCCACUCAUUACCUGUAUUAACUGCACCUGUUUGAACUCGUUACCUGUAUAAAAGACACCUGUCCACACACUCAAUCAAACAGACUCCAACCUCUCCACAAUGGCCAAGACAUUUUAAGUCAUUUAGCAGACUCUCUUAUCCAGAGCGACUUACAGUUAGUGCAUACAUUAUUAUUAUUAUUAUUUAUUUUUUUAAAUUUAUUUUUCAUACCCCCCGUGGGAAUCGAACCCACAACCCUGGCGUUGCAAACGCCAUGCUCUACAAACUGAGCUACAUCCCCUGCCGGCCAUUCCCUCCCCUACCCUAGACGACGCUGGGCCAAUUGUGCGCCGCCCCAUGGGUCUCCCGGUCACGGCCGGCUACGACAGAGCCUGGAUUCAAACCAGGAUCUCUAGUGGCACAGCUAGCACUGCGAGGCAGUGCCUUAGACCACUGCGCCACUCGGGAGACUAGAGAGCUGUGUAAGGACAUCAGGGAUAACAUUUUAGACCUGCACAAGGCUGGGAUGGGCUACAGGACAAUAGGCAAGCAGCUUGGUGAGAAGGCAACAACUGUUGGCGCAAUUAUUAGAAAAUGGAAGAAGUUCAAGAUGACGGUCAAUCACCCUCGGUCUGGGGCUCCAUGCAAGAUCUCACCUCGUGGGGCAUCAAUGAUCAUGAGGAAGGUGAGGGAUCAGCCCAGAACUACACGGCAGGACCUGGUCAAUGACCUGAAAAGAGCUGGGACCACAGUCUCAAAGAAAACCAUUAGUAACACACUACGCCGUCAUGGAUUAAAAUCCUGCAGCGCAUGCAAGGUCCCCUUGCUCAAGCCAGCGCAUGUCCAGGCCCGUCUGAAGUUUGCCAAUGACCAUCUGGAUGAUCCAGAGGAGGAAUGGGAGAAGGUCAUGUGGUCUGAUGAGACAAAAAUAUAGCUUUUUGGUCUAAACUCCACUCGCCGUGUUUGGAGGAAGAAGAAGGAUGAGUACAACCCCAAGAACACCAUCCCAACCGUGAAGUAUGGAGGUGGAAACAUCAUUAUUUGGGGAUGCUUUUCUGCAAAGGGGACAGGACAACUGCACCGUAUUGAGGGGAGGAUGGAUGGGGCCAUGUAUCGCGAGAUCCUUCCCUCAGUAAGAGCAUUGAAGAUGGGUCGUGGCUGAGUCUUCCAGCAUGACAACGACCCGAAACACACAGCCAGGGCAACUAAGGAGUGGCUCUGUAAGAAGCAUCUCAAGGUCCUGGAGUGGCCUAGCCAGUCUCCAGACCUGAACCCAAUAGAAAAUAUUUGGAGGGAGCUGAAAGUCCGUAUUGCCCAGCGACAGCCCCGAAACCUGAAGGAUCUGGAGAAGGUCUGUAUGGAGGAGUGGGCCAAAAUCCCUGCUGCAGUGUGUGCAAACCUGGUCAAGACCUACAGGAAACGUAUGAUCUCUGUAAUUGCAAACAAAGGUUUCUGUACCAAAUAUUAAGUUCUGCUUUUCUGAUUUAUCAAAUACUUAUGUCAUGCAAUAAAAUGCAAAUUAAUUACUUAAAAUCAUACAAUGUGAUUUUCUGGAUUUUUGUUUUAGAUUCCGUCUCUCACAGUGGAAGUGUACCUAUGAUAACAAUUACAGACCUCUACAUGCUUUGUAAGUAGGAAAACCUGCAAAAUCGGCAGUGUAUCAAAUACUUGUUCUCCCCACUGUAUACACUACCGUUCAAAAGUUUGGGGUCACUUAGAAAUGUCCUUGUUUUCGAAAGAAAAGCAAUUUUUUUGUCCAUUAAAAUAACAUCAAAUUGAUCAGAAAUACAGUGUAGACAUUGUUAAUGUUGUAAAUGGCUAUUGUAGCUGGAAACGGCUGAUUUUUAAUGGAAUAUCUACAUAGGCGUACAGAGGCCCAUUAUCAGCAACCAUCAGUCCUGUGUUCCAAUGGCACGUUGUGUUUGCUAAUCCAAGUUUAUCAUUUUAAAAGGCUAAUUGAUCAUUAGAAAACCCUUUUGCAAUUAUGUUAGCACAGCCGAAAACUGGCCUUCUUGAGACUAGUUGAGUAUCUGGAGCAUCAGCAAUUAUGGGUUCGAUUACAGGCUCAAAAUGGCCAGAAACAAAUAACUUUCUUCUGAAACUCGUGAGUCUAUUCUUGUUCUGAGAAAUGAAGGCUAUUCCAUGCAAGAAAUUGCCAAGAAACUGAAAAUCUCGUACAACACUGUGUACUACUCCCUUCACAGAACAGCGCAAACUGUCUCUAACCAGAAUAGAAAGAGGAGUGGGAGGCCCCGGUGCACAACUGAGCAAGAGGAAAAAUACAUUAGUGUCUAGUUUUAGAAACAGACGCCUCACAGGUCCUCAACUGGCAGCUUCAUUAAAUAGUACCCACAAAACACCAGUCUCAACGUCAACAGUGAAGAGGCGACUCCGGGAUGCUGACCUUCUAGGCAGAGUUGCAAAGAAAAAGCCAUAUCUCAGACUGGCCAAUAAAAAUAAAAGAUUAAGAUGGGCAAAAGAACACAGACACUGGACAGAGGAAGAUUGGAAGAAGGUGUUAUGGACAGACGAAUCGAAGUUUGAGGUGUUCGGAUCACAAAGAAUAACAUUUGAAUGAAAAGAUGCUGGAGGAGUGCUUGAUGCCAUCUGUCAAGCAUGUUGGAGGCAAUGUGAUGGUCUGGGGGUGCUUUGGUGGUGGUAAAGUGGGAGAUUUUUACAGGGUAAAAGGGAUCUUGAAUCAUUCCAUUUUGCAACGCCAUGCCAUACCCUGUGGAUGGCGCUUGAUUAGAGCUUGUUUCUUCCUACAACAGGACAAUGACCCAAAGCACAGCUCCAAACAAUGCAAUAACUAUUUAGGGAAGAAGCAGUCAGCUGGUAUUCUGUCUAUAAUGGAGUGGCCAGCACAGUCACCGGAUCUCAACCCUAUUGAGCUGUUGUGGGAGCAGCUUGACCGUAUGGUACGUAAGAAGUGCCCAUCAAGCCAAACCAAUUUGUUGGAGGUGCUUCAGGAAGCAUGGGGUGAAAUCUCUUCAGAUUACCUCAACAAAUUGACAACUAGAAUGCCAAAGGUCUGCAAGGCUGUAAUUGCUGCAAAUGGAGGAUUCUUUGACGAAAGCAAAGUUUGAAGGACACAAUUAUUAUUUCUAUUAAAAAUCAUUAUUUCUAACCUUGUCAAUGACUACAUUUCCUAUUCAUUUUUGCUAUAUUUCCAAUUCAAAUUAAUUGAAUGUACAGUUGAAGUCGGAAGUUUACAUACACUUAGGUUGGAGUCAUUAAAACUCGUUUUUCAACCACUCCACAAAUUUCUUGUUAACAAACUAUAGUUUUGGAAAGUCGGUUAGGACAUCCACUUUGUGCAUGACACAAGUAAUUCUUCCAACAAUUGUUUACAGACAGAUUAUUUCACUUAUAAUUCACAGUAUCACAAUUCUAGUGGGUCAGAAGUUUACAGACACUAAGUUGACUGUGCCUUUAAACAGCUUGGAAAAUUCCAGAAAAUGAUGUCAUGGCUUUAGAAGCUUCUGAUAGGCUAAUUGACAUAAUUUGAGUCAAUUGGAGGUGUACAUGUGGAUGUAUUUCAAGGACUACCUUCAAACUCAGUACCUCUUUGCUUGACAUGAUGGGAAAAUCAAAAUAAAUCAGCCAAGACCUCAGAAAAAUAAUUGUAGACCUCCACAAGUCUGGUUCAUCCUUGGGAGCAAUUUCCAAACGCCUGAAGGUACCACGUUCAUCUGUAUAAACAAUAGUACGCAAGUAUAAACACCAUGGGACCACGCAGCCGUCAUACCGCUCAGGAAGGAGACGCGUUCUGUCUCCUAGAGAUGAACGUACUUUGGUGCGAAAAGUGCAAAUCAAUCCCAGAACAACAGCAAAGGACCUUGUGAAGAUGCAGGUACAAAGGUAUCUAUAUCCACAGUAAAACGAGUCCUAUAUCGACAUAACCUGAAAGGCCGCUCAGCAAGGAAGAAGCCACUGCUCCAAAACCGCCAUAAAAAAGCCACACUACGGUUUGCAACUGCACAUGGGGACAAAGAUUGUACUUUUUUGAGAAAUGUCCUCUGGUCUGAUGAAACAAAAAUAUAACUGUUUGGCCAUAAUGGCCAUCGUUAUGUUUGGAGGAAAAAGGGGGUAUCUUGCAAGCCGAAGAACACCAUCCCAACCGUGAAGCACGGGGGUGGCAGCAUCAUGCUGUGGGGAUGCUUUGCUGCAGGAGGGACUGGUGCACUUCACAAAAUAGAUGGCAUCAUGAGGAAGGAAAAUUAUGUGGAUAUAUUGAAGCAACAUCUCAAGACAUCAGUCAGGAAGUUAAAGCUUGGUCGCAAAUGGGUCUUCCAAAUGGACAAUGACCCCAAGCAUACUUCCAAAGUUGUGGCAAAAUGGCUUAAGGACAACAAAGUCAAGGUAUUGGAGUGGCCAUCACAAAGCCCUGACCUCAAUCCUAUAGAAAAUGUGUGGGCAGAACUGAAAAAGUGUGUGCAAGCAAGGAGGCCUACAAACCUGACUCAGUUACACCAGCUCUGUCAGGAGGAAUGGGCCAAAAUUCACCCAACUUAUUGUGGGAAGUUUGUGGAAGGCUACCCGAAACGUUUGACCCAAGUUAAACCAUUUAAAGGCAAUGCUACCAAAUACUAAUUGAGUGUAUGUAAACGUCUGACCCACUGGGAAUGUGAUGAAAUAAAUAAAAGCUUAAAUAAAUCAUUCUCUCUACUAUUAUUCUGACAUUUCACAUUCUUAAAAUAAAGUGGUGAUCCUAACUGACCUAAGACAGGGAAUUUUUACUAGGAUUAAAUGUCAGGAAUUGUGAAAAACUGAGUUUAAAUGUAUUUGGCUAAGGUGUAUGUAAACUUCCGACUUCAACUGUAUGUUUUCAAGGAAAACAAGGACAUUUCUAAGUGACCCCAAACUUUUGAACGGUAGUGUAUAUUUGCCACUGCUCGACCGGUCGACCAACAGCCUAUCGACCAAACCAACAGUCGGCAAAAUGGGGUCAGCCCUAGUUUCAUGUGUGUUUCGACCUGUCCCCAAAUUAAGAAAGUUAGUUCACAGUUGGUUUUGAUAUUUUAACCUGCGUGUCAUGAUCACGUCUGGUGUGGCUGGACAAAAUCAACAUGCACGCGAUGGCACACGCGGACAUGCGCAUGGCCGGUCUAGUCAACAUGUCAUAGUCUAGCUCUAAUACUUCUGGACUUCCUGUCCAACUCAUAUCACAACAUCCUUUUUCAGAAUAAGGAUGUUGUGUGUGUGUGUACGUACAUUAGCAUGUGCACGUUCUCUAACUGAAAACAUACAGUGAAAUGUCCCUGUUCUCAGACCCAGACCCAGGCAGCCUCCCUCAUGUCUUCUGCUCUUCAUGUUAAUGCUCUUUCCUGGGCUGUCAUUAACAACUUGAUUAAUACCAAGCCCUGUUAUUCACCAAUAUGAAUAUAACGAAUAUGCAAUGUCCAGCAGAAGUGCUUAUUAUCGUUCUCUGUGUGUGUCUGUGUCUGUGUCUGUGUCUGUGUGUUCUAUAGACUCCAGGGUAGAAGACCAGUAGACCAGUCCAGCACCAUUAUCUCCAGGAGAGAAAUUGUCUCAUCCACUCCAGGCUCCGUCACAAGGUGGGUCACAUGUCAUCACACGGUUGUUGGUAUGGUUACCUGUUUUGGUGGACUAUAAUGUGUUGUAGACAGAGUUAAAAUGGAGUAGGAUCUCUUUUUUACUUUUUGCUCAUCUGUUGUGGAACAAAUGUUUUCUUUUUGCUCAUCUGUUCUGGAACACAACAUUAUUUCUGACCCCCCUGGUCAGACCAUAGAAAUUGAGCAACUAUAACAGACAUGGUCAUUUCGAGCGAAGGUCCAUUGCUUUGAGAGACAUUUUGAAUUUGUCAUAUUGAAUUUCGAUGGUACAGGUUUAAGCAAGAGAAUGCAGGGGGUGAGAGAUGUAGUGGGUAGAGAGGUAAAGAGGGAAGAGCGAGGGAGAGCAGAUUUAGAGGUAGAGAGAGAGGGAGUUGAGAGAGGCUGAGAUGGAAAGGUGGAGAGCGAGCGAGAAAGAGGCUGCUGGGGAGACAGCAGGAGAAAUCAAAUUAUUCCCCCUGCUCUGCCUGCCAUAGAGACAGAAACAAAGCAUUUAUCUGUAGGUGACAGCAACACGAACACACACACACACACACACACACACACACACACACACACACACACACACACACACACACACACACACACACACACACACACACACACACACACAGGUGGAGGGGAGGCGGGGGAAGGAUGAUUAUGGAGAAGAGAGGGAUAGUGGUGGUAUAGGAAGAGGUGGGGUUGAGUGAGAUUAUGCCUAUAGUAAAGAGGUGGUAUAGAGAGAGGAGGGGAGGAGAUGAGUAGAUCAGGGGAGGAGAGAAUGAUGUUAUUUAGAGGAGAGGAGGGGGAUAGGGAGGAGGGAAGGAUGGUUAUGGAAAGGAGAGGGUAGAGGAGAGGAGUGGGGGAUCUGCAGGUGAGUCUGGGAUUCUGCCGCAUCGUGUCACAAUGACUUAGAUCAGCAUGAAGACUCCUCUACCCAUGAUGCCUCAGUCAGUCCUGUAUAUCAACCAUUCUCUAGUAUCGACCCAAUGCAUUAUUUAUUGAUUGUGUAUUUUUCCUAACUUUGUCCCAGAAUGGGCUAAUUACAGUGGAUGACACCAACCUGACUACAGCCAGUCAUUGUCAGAGCAGUGAGCUAAACGUCAGCAUGACUGUAGACUGCAGGUCUGUCUUGUGUUCCUACUGGGAGUUUACAUGAUCUGGCCGGGCCGCGCUGCUCUUCUGUUUUGUCAACAGAGAUUAUGAAACCGGGGCAGUCUGUCUCUGUCUGUAUCACCUAGCCUCACAACUCCCUGCCCCCGCUCACCACAAACCACCGCCCCGCCCCCUGCCCACCCCCUCUCGCACCUGAAAAACAACGAGAAGAGAGACACUUAUCUGAAACAAGGAAGCCUCAGUCUGUCUCGUCUGUUUGUCUCUCCCAGCGUUAGGCUAGUUGUUAAAGGGACAGGGAACCAGCGGCCAUUAUUAACCCUCUCCUUGUUGCCAUGCUCAGGUCCCUCUGCGUUAACUGGCUCUCAUUUUCACUCAGAACUCAGAUUAUAUCGAUAAGACUCAAUUGAACUCUAAAAAGGUAAUGUACUGUAGCCCCACUUUUUGCAGUGAAAUCCUGUAAACCAGUAGUGUAGGUAGGUAGGUCAUUGAUGGUGUGCUUCUCCUGGUGAAAUGCGUUCAAAAUGGGUGGUAUCAGUGGAGUGCUUGACUCCAUAAAAAAAAACCUGAUAGUGCUUUUUAGUACAGAUAUAGUAUAGUACAGAUAUACCUCAUUACAGUAUCAAGUCACAGAGAUCAGUCGGACACUGUUGAGACAUAAAUGUAGACGGGCCAAGAGAAAUCUCCAUAUAUAGUUUAGUUUCUAUUAUUCAUUUUCUGCCUCAGUGUGUUGUCUGUCUGUCUGUCUGUCUCUGCCCAGUAAGCCAUUCUAGACACUUGUUUGUUUGUUGCACUGGGGCAUUCUUUAUAUGACUCAUGUUAUCGUGGGAGGCUGGUUUGAGGCUGUUUUGUUUUGAGUCAGAACUGAGAUAGUCUCUCUCUAUUUCUCUGUUGUUGUUUCUGACUGAACUUGUUGUGCUACCUUACACACACACACACACACACACACACACACACACAACUAAUGUUACGGAUCUGAUUGAGUGGAAAGUCAGAGAAUGUCCCUCAGUACAAAGUCCUCAUUGCUAAGUGUCAUACCAUGGGUUGGGUAAACAGUAAUACGUUUUGGCUCCCAUACACAGACACAUGAUCAAGGUUCACUCAGACCUACCUAUGCACACGACACACACUACUCUCUCUCUCCCGCCCCCUCCCCCAUCCCUUCCUCCUCUGCCUGCAUAGCGUCAUGCCUGUAAACAGCUGCCUAAUGGCUCUCAAACACACAAGCAUCAUCAGUCAUUAGAGAGCUGUUCGUUUGGUUCCCAUCCUCCACCCUAAAUAAUUCAUGCAAAUUUUCUCAACGCACACACAUACCACAAACACACGCACACACAGCCGUGCUAUUACAAUGUUGACUGCAUCUCCAACACUGUCCCUGGGCAUCCUUUCUCUGUCUGUCUGUCUCUCGUAUUUCUCGGUCUGUUCUUCUCUCUUUUGAUCUGCAUAAACAUGUCGUCUCUAAACUGCAUCAAUACCCUAACAGUUUGUGGCUGCUGUACAUCAAUGUAUUCCAUGCCAUAUUUUACUAUUUUCUAAUUUUUUGGCUUGCAGGAUGUGAAGUUGAAUGAAGUUGGAUUUCAUGUAGGUACUAUGGGACCAUUAGGCUACUAGCUGGUAGACUGGCUGGUUACUUGGUUGGUUGGUAUGCUGGAGAGCAGUUCAGGGAGGUGGAGCUCUCUUAGCCUUGGUGAGUCACAACCAAUGUUCCCUCUAAGCUGCCCACAGCUCCCCAGGGACUGCCGCGCAGAAGAAAUAUCAGCCCGCGCAGAGAAGCACCAGAUUGAACUUCACUCAACUUACUAGAGUUUUCCCCAUUAGUUAACACUAUCAACGUUUCCUUUUACUGUGGGAAUUGUGAUCGAAUCAACGCAAUAUUAGCCACUUUCAAUGCAACAUACCAAAACAAAACAAACUAUGCAAGAGAUUUAGUUGUAGGCAGAGCGCAUCUGAGUAGGAUUCUAUUGCAUUGACAGGCACGACUCAGGGCUGUACUCUACACAGACUGGUGCGCCAUAACCACUCAGAGCUGCAGUAGACCAACAGUAUAUGCAAAUAAACCAUUGCCAUAUAUGGAUUUGUGCCAUUCACUUUGAACUAGACUGUUUUACAGCAUGAGCGUCAAUAGUAGAUGCGCUUGUUUUGAGAUCAAAGCAAGAGCUGCAUGAAGCCACUUGUGCACAUUUGUUCAUAUUCUUUGCUAGUUAGUGAGUUAUAGCCCAGUUAUAGCUCAUCUGUAUUCAGCAAUGUGGGAGUGAUUGCUUCCUACAAGAGCAUUUCUAGCCAUCUUUGAAAAGCAAAUCAGGUAAAGAGCUUUUUUUUAUGUCUUAAAGUGGCAGUGUUGUAUUUUGAGAUAGGAUUGAAUAAGCUUGUAACCAAUAGGUUAGCAUAAUGGGAAUAAUAAUGCAUUUUAUUUUGUAAAGUGGUUUCUUGCAUCAAACAACAACAAAAUGUUCAGUCAUCUCCUUGUCUGAAGGACAAGUGGAUAAACAGGUUAAUGUCAAGCCCUGCAUGUUUUUUUGGAAUGUAGGCCUAUAUUGAACACCACACAUUGGCUGCUACUGUAGGCUGAAUGAUAGAACCGCAAUUUCCAUGUUAAGUUACGUUUUUUAUGGUAGGCCACUCUGGUAGGCCUACAUUAUGAUCAAAUAGCCACAGUAGCCUACUUGGCCACCAAAACAGUAAAUUAAAGCGGGUACAGCCACAGUGUUCACAAUAAAUGCUCGCAGUAAGUUGCACAGAAAUUUCAAGUUCAAGUUUGCACUCAGCAGACCAGAAAUUUGCUCAGUGCCGAAAAAUAUUAGAGGGAACAUUGGUCACAACCCUUGGCAAAUGGAAGUGGGCAGAAUGUUAAUUGAGAAAGAAAACUCGGAGAGAAAGAGGUGGACCACAACUCCAUCAACGUUUACUUACACUCAUUGUAGAUCUCUCUGGAGUCGCGACAUCGUCCCCUCCCCUCCCCUCCCCUCCCCUCCCCUCCCCGUCCCACCCUCUUACCCCCUCCUCGUCCCACCCUCUACCCCCUCCUGUACCGUACCCAGUACCCACCACAGCCCCCCUGCCUCCCAGUGUCCUACCAGGCCCCACUGCCUGUGGCGUGUAAUUGACUUUUCACCCUGCGCUGCGCUGGAGAAGUGGCUCGCACCAAACUGGAGGUGACCCAUUUCCCUGGGGUUUUCAGCAGCCCUCCUAAUCAGCCAUUCUCUGGGGCUGCCUCAUUCACUCUGCAAUUAGAGCGCUGGAGCCAUCUCUCUCCCUCUCUAUCUCUUUCUCUCUCUCCCCCUUUCCACCCUGGAAUGGCGGGUGUCAUCAGACAGUGGAAGGGUAGUCUAGUAGUUUCAUGCAAAGAUGAAUUACAGUACAGACAGACAAGCAGGCAGGAGAUUGUACUCUUAGGAAAGAUUGACAGAGAUGGAUAGAUUUGAAAGAAACGCGUUUGGGUGGGAGGGAAAGAGGGAGUGAGGGAGCGUGUUUGAAAAAAAGCUGCGUGUGUUUCCCUACAUACAGAGCUACUGUAUGAUGCUUCUCAAUUAAGGUCAGUGUUGUUGUCGGGUGGAAACUCCUGUGGGUCCACACCAGGAUUUCCGUUAGGAAAAUGUGGCGAAGGACAUUUGAUCGGCAGCAUUUUAAUUUACCGGACAUUUGAGAACGUUACAGGAACCAUAUGCAUUGGGUGCGUAAUCUGAUUAGGGCGUCCACCCACGGUGCUCAGAAUGACAGAAAUCACAUUUAGAUUAUGGUAAUUCAUAUUAACAGAACAUGCAAAUCGAAGAUUGCAAUGAUGUGCCGUCCUUCUUAUCGAAUUCUGAUGCACACUUUGAAGCUGUUAGAAUAACGUUCCACGUUUACUUUUCCUCAGCCAACAAGAUGUGUAACGAACAGCAAAAUCACUAGUUUAUGUCAAUCUGAUAUCCCCUAUAGUAUAAAAGUUGACGUAUUAUUUUGGUCAGCUUGUUCGAGACUCUGGGGCAGUUGUGGGACAAUAGAUCCCUGGGGUAUUUCAUUUAAAACACAUUUUAAAAAUGCAACAGAUCAGAACGUUAGUUUAAAAUGUUGAUAAACUAUUAUUUCUUUAAGCGCAGCAAUGCGCACAAGGCAGUAGGUACACGCGAAUGUUCGUUCCAUAAUGCAGUUUGCCGGAAAAACACAGUUGUCAAAAGCGCACCGCACAUGCAAGCGGUUUCAUGUGACAGAGAUUAAAAUAUCCAUUAGAAAUGUUGAAAGAGGGGAGAUCUAAUAUGCAACAACUAGCAUGGGUUGCUAAUAUGACUAGGAUUGUACCUUUGGCUACUGGACAAUGAAAGAAAGUUCAUAUAAAAUAAUUUCCUCCACGGAUAUGGUCUGAUUUUGGCUAGGCUACUUUGAAGUAAGGUAAGACAUGCCUCAUAAUAUGUAGUAAAACUUUUAAGUUUAAAACAAUUAAGUAUAUGUUAAAUAAAAUGCUUACUGCCUCCAGCUCAUUGCAAAGUGGUGUAUGACGUGCUGAUGAAGCCUGCUUUCCGUUGCCUCUGCAUUUGCUGUUUGAGAUGCUGCUGUAGCAGCAGCUUUCGCGCUUUCGGACAGAUUUGUCGCUCAAAGGCUCUGUAUGCUGUACAUUCAAUGACACUGCAUCCAUAUAUUUACAGUUGAAGUGGGAAGUUUACAUACACUUAGGUUGGAGUCAUUCAAACCCGUUUUUCAACCACUCCACAAAUGUAUUUUUAACAAACUAUAGUUUUGGCAAGUCGGUUAGGACAUCUACUUUGUGCAUAACACAAGUAAUUCUUCCAACAAUUGUUUGCAGACAGAUUAUUUCACUUAUAAUUCACUGUAUCACAAUUCCAGUGGGUCAGAAGUUUACAUACACUAAGUUGACUGUGCCUUUAAACAGCUUGGAAAAUUCCAGAAAAUGAUAUCAUGGCUUUAGAAGCUUCUGAUAGGCUAAUUGACAUCAUUUGAGUCAAUUGGAGGUGUACCUGUGGAUGUAUUUCAAGGCCUACCUUCAAACUCAGUGCCUCUUUGCUUGACAUCAUGAGAAAAUCAAAAGAAAUAAGCCAAGACCUCAGAAAAAUAAUUGUAGACCUCCACAAGUCUGGUUCAUCCUUGGGAGCAAUUUCCAAACACCUGAAGGUACCACAUUCAUCUGUACAAACAAUAGUACGCAAGUAUAAACACCAUGGGACCACGCAGCCGUCAUACCGCUCAGGAAGGAGACACGUUCUGUCUCCUAGAGAUGACCGUACUUUGGUGCGAAAAGUGCAAAUCAAUCCCAGAACAACAGCAAAGGACCUUGUAAAGAUGCUGGAGGAAACAGGUUCAAAAGUAUCUAUAUCCACAGUAAAGAAUCCUAUAUCAACAUAACCUGAAAGGCCACUCAGCAAGGAAGAAGCCACUGCUCCAAAACCGCCAUAUAAAAGCCAGACUACGGUUUGUAACUGCACAUGGGGACAAAGAUCGUACUUUUUGGAGAAAUGUCCUCUGGUCUGAUGAAACAAAAAUAGAACUGUUUGGCCAUAAUGACCAUCGUUUUGUUUGGAGGAAAAAGGGGGUGGCUUGCAAGCUGAAGAACACCAUCCCAACCGUGAAGCAGCAUCAUGCUGUGGGGGUGCUUUGCUGCAGGAGGGACUGGUGCACUUCACAAAAUAGAUGGCAUCAUGAGGAAGGAAAAUUAUGUGGAUAUUUUGAAGCAACAUCUCAAGACAUCAGUCAGGAAGUUAAAGCUUGGUCGCAAAUGGGUCUUCCAAAUGGACAAGACCCCAAGCAUACUUCCAAAGUUGUGGCAAAAUGGCUUAAGGACAACAAAGUCAAGGUAUUGGAGUGGCCAUCACAAAGCCUUGACCUCAAUCCUAUAGAAAAUGUGUGGGCAGAACUGAAAAAGCGUGUGCAAGCAAGGAGGCCUACAAACCUGACUCAGUUACACCAGCUCUGUCAGGAGGAAUGGGCCAAAUUUCACCCAACUUAUUGUGGGAAGCUUGUGGAAGGCUACCCGAAACGUUUGACCCAAGUUAAACAAUUUAAAGGCAAUGCUACCAAAUACUAAUUGAGUGUAUGUAAACUUCUGACCCACUGGGAAUGCGAUGAAAGAAAUAAAAGCUGAAAUAAAUCAUUCUCUCUACUAAUAUUCUGACAUUUCACAUUCUUAAAAUAAAGUGGUGAUCCUAACUGACCUAAAACAGGGAAUUUUUACUAGGAUUAAAUGUCAGGAAUUGUGAAAAACUGAGUUUAAAUGUAUUUGGCUAAGGUGUAUGUAAACUUCCGACUUCAAAUGUACAUACCGAAUACACUGUACACGCGCCAAUUUAAUUUAACUAAAUUAUGCAUAUUAACCUAAAUAAUUGUCAGCUUUUCAAUUUUUUUAUCGGCCAAAAGAUGGCUAUUACCGGCUAACGGAAACCCUGGUCCACACCAAGGGAGGAAGAGCAUCACGCCAUCAUCCAACAUCAUCAAGCUCCAUUGGCUGCUUUUCAAUUUGAUUGAUUUUAUUUGGUUAUACCAGAGGACACUUUCAUUUAGGUGAUAUUGCCGGACCAGCAGGCAUGAUCGAAUGCAUAGGCUGGGUAGAACGUCUGUUCAUGAGCCGUUCUAGUGGGCUAUCUUUAAAACGUUAAAAUGCAAUAUCUGGGAUAAUGUAGCGUCAAACUCAGUCUCUCUGUCAAGCCGAUCGUAUGUCCUUGAAAUGAUUGAAAUUAAAAUAUGUAUCCGAGUGAUGGAUAAACAUUAGGCUACCCCUAAUAAUUAUAACUAAAAAUAUCUGUAAAAUAAAUUGAUAGAAUGAGAGAAUGGCAACAGUGCUUCCUUUCCCUCAGGUGGCCUUCUUUUCUAUUCAGUAGAGGCUUCAUGCAUGUCGGUCAGAGGGUAACCAUGUAAUCAAUGGAAUAAAAAUGAUGCACUUGCUGUGAAGGUUAAGAAGGGCACUGGAGUGUGGUUCUCCUCCCGAUCGUGCACCACAGAGACUCAAAGCUCAUGGGCCUGUCUACAUGCUUCCUUUUCUUCUCCCUCUCUCCUCCCUCUCUCUUCCACUCCUUCUCUCACUCUCUUCCUGCUCUCCCCCUUGCUCCCUCCCCUUCACCACGCUUUUCCCUCUCCCUCUCUGCAUCCCUCUCUCCUCCGUCUCCCACCGCUCUCACCUCUCUUAUCCUCCUCCUCUCUUCCUGCAUCUCCCCCCUCUAUGUCCUCUCCCUUUCUCUGUCUCUCACCUCAUUCACUCUACCUCCUUUUGCAUUCUCUCCCUCUCCCCCUGCCCCCUCUCACCUUUCCCCAGCAUCACUGGUAAAGAAAUGAACUAAUCAGCAGACUUCAUGCUGCUGACUUCUCGCUCUCCUCUCCCCCCCACCUUUGUCAGCCCACUUCCUGUAUACCGAGUGUGAUGCAUUGUGGGAGACAGACGGCUGUCUUAACUGGGUUAGUCAUGCAGCGUGGUUUACUGUCAGAGACACUGCUAAUCCUGCUGUGUGUGUGUGUGUGUGUGUGUGUGUGUGUGUGUGUGUGUGUGUGUGUGUGUGUGCCCGGUCCUAAACACACUCUACCCAAGGAGAGAAAGAAGCAGACGAUGCAAAAUGCAAUAUCGAUUCUUCAUAUUGUGCCAAGAGUGUCUUAUUUGCAUAAUAUAAGCUUAAGAGUACCCUGGUUGUAUAUGUAUAUUUAACAUAAAGCUUCUCCUACAUGUCUGUCUCUGGGUUUAAACAAUAGCCAUAAGGUUAGAUGUGUUUAUACAGUGGGGGAAAAAAGUAUUCAGUCAGCCACCAAUUGUGCAAGUUCUCCCACUUAAAAAGAUGAGAGAGGCCUGUAAUUAUCAUCAUAGGUACAUGUCAACUAUGACAGACAAAUUGAGAAUUUUUUUUCCAGAAAAUCACAUUGUAGGAUUUUUAAUGAAUUUAUUUGCAAAUUAUGGUGGAAAAUAAGUAUUUGGUCACCUACAAACAAGCAAGAUUUCUGGCUCUCACAGACCUGUAACUUCUUCUUUAAGAGGCUCCUCUGUCCUCCACUCGUUACCUGUAUUAAUGGCACCUGUUUGAACUUGUUAUCAGUAUAAAAGACACCUGUCCACAACCUCAAACAGUCACACUCCAAACUCCACUAUGGCCAAGACCAAAGAGCUGUCAAAGGACACCAGAAACAAAAUUGUAGACCUGCACCAGGCUGGGAAGACUGAAUCUGCAAUAGGUAAGCAGCUUGGUUUGAAGAAAUCAACUGUGGGAGCAAUUAUUAGGAAAUGGAAGACAUACAAGACCACUGAUAAUCUCCCUCGAUCUGGGGCUCCACGCAAGAUCUCACCCUGUGGGGUCAAAAUGAUCACAAGAACGGUGAGCAAAAAUCCCAGAACCACACGGGGGGACCUAGUGAAUGACCUGCAGAGAGCUGGGACCAAAGUAACAAAGCCUACCAUCAGUAACACACUACGCCGCCAGGGACUCAAAUCCUGCAGUGCCAGACGUGUCCCCCUGCUUAAGCCAGUACAUGUCCAGGCCCGUCUGAAGUUUGCUAGAGUGCAUUUGGAUGAUCCAGAAGAGGAUUGGGAGAAUGUCAUAUGGUCAGAUGAAACCAAAAUAGAACUUUUUGGUAAAAACUCAACUCGUCGUGUUUGGAGGACAAAGAAUGCUGAGUUGCAUCCAAAGAACACCAUACCUACUGUGAAGCAUGGGGGUGGAAACAUCAUGCUUUGGGGCUGUUUUUCUGCAAAGGGACCAGGACGACUGAUCCGUGUAAAGGAAAGAAUGAAUGGGGCCAUGUAUCGUGAGAUUUUGAGUGAAAACCUCCUUCCAUCAGCAAGGGCAUUGAAGAUGAAACGUGGCUGGGUCUUUCAGCAUGACAAUGAUCCCAAACACACCGCCCGGGCAACGAAGGAGUGGCUUCGUAAGAAGCAUUUCAAGGUCCUGGAGUGGCCUAGCCAGAUCUCAACCCCAUAGAAAAUAUUUGGAGGGAGUUGAAAGUCUGUGUUGCCCAGCGAAAGCCCCAAAACAUCACUGCUCUAGAGGAGAUCUGCAUGGAGGAAUGGGCCAAAAUACCAGCAACAGUGUGUGAAACCCUUGUGAAGAUUUACAGAAAACGUUUGACCUGUGUCAUUGCCAACAAAGGGUAUAUAACAAAACUUUUGUUAUUGACCAAAUACUUAUUUUCCACCAUAAUUUGCAAAUAAAUUCAUUAAAAAUCCUACAAUGUGAUUUUCUGGAUUUUCUUUUUCUCAUUUUGUCUGUCAUAGUUGACGUGUACCUAUGAUGAAAAUUACAGGCCUCUCUCAUCUUUUUAAGUGGGAGAACUUGCACAAUUGGUGGCUGACUAAAUACUUUUUCCCCCCACUGUAUAUGGAGGUUCCUACACCUGUUUUUGUCUUCCCCACCCAGCCACAUUAACAUAUUAUUAGCCGUCCCUCCCAUCAUCUCACCUGUUGUCUAAGUGUUUGUGUUUCCUAUCCUUGUCAGGUGCUGAUAUGUGUACACGAUGAGCGGACUGGGGGACAACUCCAUGGAGCCUCUGAGCUCGGAAAACCGAAAACGCAAGCUCUCCACCUGCGACACGCCCAGUCUGGGGUGAGUAGGGGGCUGGUGAUAAAACAUACAAAUAUAUUUUGUCAAGUGAGAUAAUACACAUUUGUAAUCAUACAUUUUGAAUUACAACAGGGUUGAGCCUUUUUACUGUAUUCUACUGUAGGUCAACCCUGGCUACUGACUCUGGAGAUCACUAGUAGCUGUAGUCAUUCACCUUAAAAGUAUUGGUCUUUUGAUCUAUCACAUCAGAUCUUUUCACAUCAGAUCUUUUUCAGAGCUGAUCUGAUUGGUCAAAAGACCAAUUAGUAAAAAAAAGAUCAGAAUUGGGCUGCCUGUGUAAACACAGCCAGUUUGAAGCAGUUUGAAACCGGUUUCACAAUAUUUGACCAUUUGAUUAUUUGGGUGGGAUAUUGGGUUAAGCUCAACAUUGACCUGUUGUAAACCGGUUUCUGUUUGAAUAGUCUGUAAAUGCAUCCUCAAAGUCAUGGAAGGUUGAAUGUGCAUGUCCAAGCAUGGUUGAGUCAAUGCUCAGAGUACCUGAACUAGAGAAUGAAAGGUUGUUAUUACAGUGAUUGAGCCACAUCCCAGAAUGCUAUACUGUAAAUGACAUUCGGCACAUUAAAGACACUGGGCAGAUUCGCUAACCUUAAACAUGGAAAUAGGCUGAUUUUCUUGAAUAUGCUGAGUGUUUUCCUAGUCAAACUACCAGGGUCAUAUUCAGUCGGGCAUGGAAUGAAAAACGUUUUAAAGCGUUUUGCAAUGGAAAACAAAUAUAAGAAUUUCUUAUUGUACAAUUUCAGGUAGUCCCUCCCUGUUUCAGUCCAUUUUCUUCAGUUUGGUGCCUAAUGAAUAGAACCCUGGUAAAACAACGGUAAAUAAUAAUGGUGAAUACCGGUAAUAACACACAGUGGUACCCCCUGUAGGUGUGAGCGGAGGCGGCGGGAGCAGGAGACUAAAUACAUAGAGGAGCUGGCCGAACUGAUCUCUGCCAACCUCGGUGACAUCGACAGCUUCAACGUCAAGCCAGACAAGUGUGCCAUCCUCAAGGAGACGGUGCGCCAGAUCAGACAGAUCAAAGAGCAGGGUCAGUAGACACACACACACACUGUAGCGGUGGCUAACCCAUUAGUAAUAUCUGUCACUUUAUCACUGACUACACAGUACCACUGCUAGACAUGGCUGUCUCAGAACCAGUACUGUGGCUAUGUCAGAAAUGACACCCUAUUCCCUAUUUGGGAUACUACGUUUGGUCAGCCUGUGGACAGGACUAAUAGUAAACCCAUCACCAUUACUUUCAUCAUAUCACCCCUUAAAUCUGUGGCUCCCAAUGUUGUUAGUGCACCUAAAACAUUUGGAGUGUUAUUGGCCUUGAUGAUAGCCUAACAGAUGUGAAGAUAACACUGGAUUAGCACUGGAGUAGCACUGGAUUAGCACUGGAGUGGCACUGGAUUAGCACUGGAGUGGCACUGGAAAGCAAGAUGGGCUAAAAGGGAGGCAGUUAGAGCUGAUAGUAUGGAGCAGGUCUGUGAGAGGGCUGGAGCCCUGGCUGUGUGUCUUUCCCCCAGAGCAGCUGGGCCAGGGAGAGGAGGGUAGGGGAGGGAGAGCUGUGGGCCCAGGUGCACAGAGCUACAGACUCAUCCAUCACUCAUUCAUCGCCACACCAUUUCACAGCCUGGGCUAUUGGUGAUUGUUUGGGGGAACUUUGGCAGGGCUUUGUGUGCAUGUCACUGCCUUUGUGUGCAUGUCAUUGGUUGUGUAACUGCCGUUACAGGUAAUCAAAGUGGACUGCUUAGCCUCCGUUAUUGUCAGGUACGAUCUUGUGGAAGUUGUUGUAGAUUAGGUGUUACAUUGUGAAUAUUUUACAGUACUUUUGAGCAUGUUUCAUUCCCCCUUUGGCUGGGCACCACUGGUGUUCACAAUGGCUUGGAGGCACCAGAGGUUGGUGGUACCUUAAUUGGGGAGGACGGGCUCAUUGUAGCGGCUGGAACGGAAUAAAUGAAAUGGUAUCGAACACAUCAACCUCAUGGUUUCCAUGUGUUUGAUACCAUUCCAUUCACUCCAUUCCAGCCAUUAUUAUGAGCAGUCCUCCUCUCGGCAGCCUUCUGUGAUGGGCAUUGGUAGGGGGACCGGCAGGGAGUAGUAGGCUGAAGUUGGCCCUAGACAUUGAUCUAAGAUCAGUUUAGUGUCCUAGAUCUAGCUGAGCCUAAUGGAGUGGGAGGAUUAUAGUCUGAACAGAGGCUGAGGCAGGGGGAGGUGACAGUUAGUCUGAACAGAGACUGAGGCAGGGGGAGGUGACAGUUAGUCUGAACAGAGGCUGAGGCAGGGGAAGGUGACAGUUAGUCUGAACAGAGACUGAGGCAGGGGAAGGUGACAGUUAGUCUGAACAGAGACUGAGGCAGGGGGAGGUGACAUUUAGUCUGAACAGAGACAGAGACUGAGGCAGGGGGAGGUGACAGUUAGUCUGAACAGAGGCUGAGGCAGGGGAAGGUGACAGUUAGUCUGAACAGAGACUGAGGCAGGGGAAGGUGACAGUUAGUCUGAACAGAGACAGAGACUGAGGCAGGGGAAGGUGACAGUUAGUCUGAACAGAGACUGAGGCAGGGGAAGGUGACAGUUAGUCUGAACAGAGACUGAGACUGAGGCAGGGGGAGGUGACAGUCAGUCUGAACAGAGACAGAGACUAAGGCAAGGGGAGGUGACAGUUAGUCUCUGCCACCUCGACAGGAAGGGGAAGUACAGCUGGCACUGACUCUCCGGAAACAGGUUGCCAUAGUUACCGGAAGUGAAUAAUAAAGGCAUUAGAUUUCACUCUUUACAACUCUGUCUGGCUCUCUUUCUUUCUUUCUCUCUCUCUCUUUCUUUCUUUCUUUCUUUCUCUCUCUCUCUCUUUCUUUCUUUCUUUCUUUCUUUCUUUCUUUCUUUCUUUCUUUCUUUCUUUCUUUCUUUCUUUCUUUCUUUCUUUCUUUCUUUCUUUCUUUCUCUCUCUCCCUUGCUCCCACACUAUUUCACUUUCUCUCUGUCUCUCAAUUUCUCUGUAUCUAUUUAUUUUUUCUCUCUGUGUCUCUCUCCCAGUCCCACCCUCCCCCUUUCCUCUUUCUCGGUAUCUCUUCUUCACUAGUUCACUCUCUCCUUCCUUCUCUUUCUAGCUUGCCAUUUUGGCUUCAUCUGUAUUUCAGUCCAAUAAAAUGCAGCAUCCUCAGGUUGCUCCUAGCAUCUUAAGAUAUUGAGGGAACCACUGGAGCGUAUCCUCCUCCCUCUGUCAUUACCUCUCCUCCACCCCCUUCUUUCUUUCUCCCUCUGCCCCCACCCAUCUUCUCUGUCUACCCCCCUCUCAAUUCAAUUUCAAUUUAAGGGCUUUAUUGGCAUGGGAAACAUAUGUUAACAUUGCCAAAGCAAGUGAAGUAUAUAAUAAACAAAAGUGAAAUAAACAAUAUAAAUUAACAGUAAACAUUACACUCACAAAAGUUCCAAAAGAAUAAAGAAAUUUCAAAAGUCAUAUUAUGUGCAAAUAGUUAAGGUACAAAAGUGAAGAUUAAUAAACAUAAAUAUAGCUUGUAUUUACAAUGGUGUUUGUUCUUCACUGGUUUCCCUUUUCUAGUGGUAACAGGUCACAAAUCUUGCUGCUGUGAUUGCACACUGUGGUAUUUCACCCAAUAUAUAUAUAUAUAUAUAUAUAUAUAUAUAUAUAUAUAUAUAUAUAUAUAUAUGGGAGUUUAUCAAAAUUGGGUUUGUUUCUGUGUAAUCUGAGGGAAAUAUGGGUCUCUAAUAUGGUCAUACAUUUGGCAGGAGGUUAGGAAGUGCAGCUCAGUGUCCACCUCAUUUUGUGGGCAGUGUGCACAUAGCCAGUCUUCUCUUGAGAGCCAGGUCUACCUACGGCGGCCUUUCUCAAUAGCAAGGCUAUGCUCACUGAGUCUGUACAUAGUCAAAGCUUUCCUUAAGUUUGAGUCAGUCACAGUGGUCAGGUAUUCUGCCACUGUGUACUCUCUGUUUAGGGCCAAAUAGCAUUCUAGUUUGCUCUGUUUUUUUGUAAAUUCUUUCCAAUGUGUCAAGUAAUUCUCUUUUAGUUUUUUCAUGAUUUGGUUGGGUCUUAUUGUGUUGCUAUCCUGGGGCUCUGUAGGGUCUGUUUGUUUUGUGUUUGUAAACAGAGCCCCAGGACCAGCUUGCUUAGGGGGCUCUUCUCCAAGUGAAUCUCUCUGUAGGUGAUGGUUUUGUUAUGGAAGGUUUGGGAAUCGCUUCCUUUUAGGUGGUUAUAGAAUUUAACGGCUCUUUUCUGGAUUUUGAUCAUUAGCAGGUAUCGGCCUAAUUCUGCUCAGCCUGCAUUAUUUGGUGUUUUACGUUGUACACUGAGGAUAUUUUAGCAGAAUUCUGCAUGCAGUCUCAAUUUGUUGUUUGUCCCAUUUAGUGAAUUCUUGGUUGGUGAGCGGACCCCAGACCUCACAACCAUAAAGGGCAAUGGGUUCUAUAACUGAUUCAAGUAUUUUUAGCCAGAUCCUAAUUGGUAUGUCACAUUUUAUGUUCAUUUUGAUGGCAUAGAAGGCCCUUCUUGCCUUGUCUCUCAGAUCAUUCACAGCUUUGUGGAAGUUACCUGUGGCGCUGAUGUUUAGGCCGAGGUAUGUAUAGUUUUUUUGUGUGCUCUAGGGCAACAGUGUCUAAAUGGAAUUUAUAUUUGUGGUCCUGGCAACUGGACCUUUUUGGAAACACCAUUAUUUUUGUCUUACUGUGAUUUACUGUCAGGGCCCAGGUCUGACAGAAUCUGUGCAGAAGAUCUAGGUGCUGCUGUAGGCCCUCCUUGGUUGGGGACAGAAGCACCAGAUCAUCAGCAAACAGUAGAUAUUUGACUUCAGAUUCUAGUAGGGUGAGGCCGGGUGCUGCAGACUGUUCUAGUGCCCUCGCCAAUUCGUUGAAUAGGGUGGGGCUUAGGUUGCAUCCCUGUCUCACCCCACGGCCCUGUGGAAAGAAAUGUGUGUGUUUUUUGCCCAUUUUUACCGCACACUUGUUGGAUUUUAUAAUGUUGUAUGUUUUUCCCCCAACACCACUUUCCAUCAAUUUGUAUAGCAGACCCUCAUUCCAAAUCGAGUCAAACGCUUUUUUGAAAUCAACAAAGCAUGAGAAGACUUUGCCUUUGUUUUGGUUUGUUUGUUUGUCAAUUAGGGUGUGCAGGGUGAAUACGUGGUCUGUCAUACGGUAAUUUGAUAAAAAGCCAAUUUGACAUUUGCUCAGUACAUUGUUUUCACUGAGGAAAUGUACGAGUCUGCUGUUAAUGAUAAUGCAGAGGAUUUUCCCAAGGUUGCUGUUGACGCAUAUCCCACGGUAGUUAUUGGGGUCAAAUUUGUCUCCACUUUUGUGGAUUGAGGUGAUCAGUCCUUGGUUCCAAAUAUUGGGGAAGAUGCCAGAGCUAAGGUUGAUGUUAAAGGGUUUAAGUAUAGCCAAUUGGAAUUUGUGGUCUGUAUAUUUUAUAAUUUCAUUGAGGAUACCAUGAACACCACAGGCCUUUUUGGGUUGGAGGGUUUGUAUUUUGUCCUGUAGUUCAUUCAAUGUAAUUGGAGAAUCCAGUGGGUUCUGGUAGUGUUUAAUAGUUGAUUCUAAGAUUUGUAUUUGAUCAUGUAUAUGUUUUUGCUGUUUGUUCAUUAUUAUAGGGCCAAAAAGAUUGGAGAAGUGGUUUACCCAUACAUCUCCGUUUUGGAUAGAUUACUCUUCGUGUUGUUGUUCUAGUGUUUUCCAAUUUUCCCAGAAGUGGUUAGUCUAUGGAUUCUUCAAAUACAUUGAGCUGAUUUCUGACGUGCUGUUCCUUCUUUUCCUUUUGUGUUUUAUUGAUUCACCAUAGUGGGUAUUUGGGUAUUGCUCUGUUCAAGUAGACUGUGAUUUUGCUGUGAUCUGAUAGGGGUGUCAGUGGGCUGACUGUGAACGCUCUGAGAGACUCUGGGUUGAGGUCAGUGAUAAAGUAGUCUACAGUACUACUGCCAAUAGAUUAGCUAUAUGUGUACCUACCAUAGGAGUCCCCUUGAAGUCUACCAUUGACUAUGUACAUACCCAGCGUGCUGCAGGAGAUGUGACCCAUUUUCUCUCUCUCUCUCUCUCUCUCUCUCUCUCUCUCUCUCUCUCUCUCUCUCUCUCUCUCUCUCUCUCUCUCUCUCUCUCUCUCUCUCUCUCUCUCUCUCUCUCUCUCUCUCUCUCUCUCUCUCUCUCUCUCUCUCUCUCUCUCUCUCUUCAGAGCAGGCCUGGCUGUUUUUCUUUGUGUUUGCUGUAUCUUUUCCCCCCUUGGACCUAAUCAGAUGGAGUGAUUCCUGUAGUCCAGCUCCAGAUAGCUUCUGCAUUAAUACUGCUGCUGCCUAGUGCCUGCCUGGGUCUCUGCCAGCCAGCCAGUCCCUCUUAAAUCUCACACUAAAUAUAAAGCAUGGAGGCAGCAAGGCAGGCUGUUAGUCCACACCAUACACUAGACUGCUCUGGUCUACAUCCAGCCCUGGUCUGGUCUCAGCCCCAUCGCUCCUCAGACAGAGAAGCCUGCAUAUGGAUGUUGCUCCCUUUACCUGGUGCUUUGUGUGGAGGGAAGGUUGGGAAACGCUGACCCCUGGUGGUUGUUGGAGCUCUAAUAAGUGGAUGGGGAUGUAGAGUUACACAGAUCUGUGUUUAAAGAGUUUACGCCUUUCACAGCUCAGCUCUUCAUACUUGAAAUGUUUUCUUAUUUGCACACACACUUGCACAGGAGAUUGUACAGGAGAUGUGUGUUACUGUGUACUUGAUUGUAGAAUGAGGCAUAUCUGACUGUACGGUCUCCUCCGUUCAGGCAAAGCGUCCUCCAACGAUGACGAUGUACAGAAGUCGGACGUGUCCUCCACGGGACAGGGGGUCAUAGACAAAGACCACCUCGGGCCGCUCCUGCUGCAGGUGAGGUCAAAGGUCACGACUCUCCUCUUUGAUUGGCUGGCUGUGCUGACUCUGGCCUCUUAUUGGCCUUUGUACUGACUCUUCAUGUGUUUUCCCUCUGUCCUCAGGCCCUGGAUGGUUUUCUGUUUGUGGUGAACCGGGAGGGCAGCAUAGUGUUUGUGUCUGACAACGUGACCCAGUACCUGCAGUACAAACAGGAGGAGCUCAUCAACACUUCCGUCUACAACAUCCUCCAUGAGGAUGACAGGGAGGAGUUCCACAAGAACCUGCCCAAGACCAAUGGUACCACACACACACACACACACACACACACUGUGACCCACCUGCUCACACACAAAGAGCUAGUUCUAAGCAGACAGAGCGUGGCAGAGCUGUCAGUCACACUCAGUGGUCCAGACAGUGUAAAACAGACCUGUGCUCUAUUCAGAUCUCAUGGCAGCCAUCUGGAAACUACUCACUACUGAAUAAUGCACUGCUGCACUUCACCAGCUUUCAUUCUCUGUGUGUGUGUGUCUAUUUAUAAAGCUGAUUAAUUAUGGAUACGUGUGCUCAGCUGAACCUGCUCCCUGAUUUACUCCCCAGCAGUGUUCCUAAGCAGCGGCUCCAAAGUGUCAUCGUCUCUCUCUCUCUCUCGCUCUGUUUUGUACUUUCUGUCUUUUUCACCUAUUCUCUUGUCUAUUUUUAUACUUAACUUAGUGUUGAAUAAUGUGGUUGGUAGGACUCUAGUUUCUUUCUUUUGCUUUCCCUUUCUCUAUAUUUCUUUUUUAUUCUCUCUCCUCCCCGCGCCUCUCCCCCAUCAUUAUCUCUGACUCCAUGAAUGAAAUACGCUCUCUCUGCACAUUCCUGUGGGAUGACCACUGACCACGCCAACUGGGGCUUCACACACACACACACACACACACACACAUAUGCACGCCACACACACACACACAACACACAUUUUCUCUUACUUUCACAACCCCCUGUGUGUGUAUAGGGGGUGGGAUGUUUUUGUUUCUCGUGUGUGUGUGUUUUCUCCCUGAAUCGACCCCUCUGUCCAGCCUAAGUGCUGGUCAAUUGUGUCUGAGGGGAAAUGUCGGGCCUCACGGCCAGGCGGUGUUGUUGUCUCUGUCAGGCUGGAGAAAGGAUCCUAAUGGUCUAAGACCUUUUUAAAUCAUCUCUCAGUAUCAGUUAGAUCAGCUAGGGCCCCCUCUCUGUACAGACACAUGUUCCCUCAGUCCCUCCACCUGCCCUGUCAGAAACAGACAGACUGGAGGCCUUGGUCCCUGAUAAGGCAUCAGACAGACUGGAGGCCUUGGUCACUGAUAAGGCAUCAGACAGACUGGAGGCCUUGGUCCCUGAUAAGGCAUCAGACAGACUGGAGGCCUUUGUCCCUGAUAAGGCAUCAGACAGACUGGAGGCCUUGGUCCCUGAUAAGGCAUCAGACAGACUGGAGGCCUUUGUCCCUGAUAAGGCAUCAGACAGACUGGAGGCCUUGGUCCCUGAUAAGGCUUCAGACAGACUGGAGGCCUUGGUCCCUGAUAAGGCUUCAGACAGAUGGAGGCCUUGGUCCCUGAUAAGGCUUCAGACAGACUGGAGGCCUUUGUCCCUGAUAAGGCAUCAGACAGACUGGAGGCCUUUGUCCCUGAUAAGGCUUCAGACAGACUGGAGGCCUUUGUCCCUGAUAAGGCAUCAGACAGACUGGAGGCCUUUGUCCCUGAUAAGGCAUCAGACAGACUGGAGGCCUUGGUCCCUGAUAAGGCUUCAGACAGACUGGAGGCCUUGGUCCCUGAUAAGGCUUCAGACAGACUGGAGGCCUUGGUCCCUGAUAAGGCAGACCUUGGGGGAGACUGGGGCCCUGUUCCAAACCUUCCUCCCUCACGUCCUAAUCAUUGAUCUCACAUGACUGAAUAGGAGAGAGGCAAUGUAAUGGAACCUGUGCUAUUUUAACACCUUUUUAAUUGUGUUUGUGUCAGACAAGAGAGAAUGUAGGAUGAAUGCUAAAAGUAUUUUCACAAGGCCUACAGUAGGAUCUCUCUCUGUAAAGUUUAGUUGAGCACCCCUCCCCCACCCCAUCCCCUUUCUUGUGAAGGUGACCCUCUUGGGUGGCUGUGCUUUGAUGAGGAGUCAGGGCCCAAAUCGGGAUAGAUGGCUGGGUGUCCCUGCCUACCUGGCUGCUCUGCUUCCCCCCUGCCCUCGGCAGCUGCACAGUGCUGGAGGGAUAUUGGAAAUCGACACUUCAGCUACAUUAAUCCCAUGGUCCAUUUAGCCAGGAAUCAGAAUGAGAGGGAAUACUUCUGCUUUUAGAUUUAAGAAGGAAAGUAGUAAUACUCUAGCAAGCAGGGCUGGUUCCUCUGUCGCGUGUGUGGUGUGUGGUGUGUGUGUGUGGUGUGUGUGUGUGGUGUGUGUGUGUGUGUGUCCCGAUAUUUGAACGAUUUAGAAGAUUAUACAAUGCAUCUUUCUUGAAUUAAUCUCAUAUCAUGUUUGUCUCUGGUUGUGCCGUGUGUCCUUGUUUUAUUCUCCGACUGCAAGUCGCUCCGGAUAAGAGUGUUAGCUAAAUUACAUAAUGUUAUGUUUGACACUGACAAAAUAUGUUUGUGCGUAUACUGUACAUACUGUAGGUCUGAGGCUCUCUAUCCGUGUUUGUUUGUACAUACAUAUUUUUGUUUCUUUGCACCCCAUCCCAUGUAUGAAACAAUCUACAAAGUUCCCUACAACUGGAUGUACUGAUGCCUCUCAGGCAGUUCAACAUGUUGAUUGGGGACCUCUUUUUUUAUGAGGAAUGGGAUUGUUUUUCUUGAGUGUGUUAGUAAUUUUUUAUACAGUGCCUUCAGAAAGUAUUCACACCCCUUGACUCUUUCCACAUUUUGUUGUGUUACAGCCUUAAUAUAAAAUGGAUUAUAUUGCAAAAACAUUUUUGGUCACUGGCCUACACACAAAUACCCCAUAAUGUCAAAGUGGAAUUAUGUUUUUCAACAUUUUUACAAAUUAGUAAAACAUUUAAAGCUGAAAUGUCUUGAGUCAAUAAGUAUUUAACCCCUUAUGGCAAUCCUAAAUAAGUUCAGGAGUAAAACUUUGCUUAACAAGUCACAUAAUAAGUUGCAUGAACUCACUCUGUGUGCAAUACUAGUAUUUAACAUGAUUUUUGAAUGACUACGUCAUCUCUGUACCCCACACAUACAAUUAUCUGUAAGGUCCCUCAGUCGAGCAGUGAAUUUCAAACACAGAUUCAACCACAAAGACCAGAAGGGCACCUAUUGGUAGAUGGGUAAAAAAAAAAACAUUGAAUAUUCCUUUGAGCAUGGUGAAUUUAUUAAUUACACCUUGGAUGGUGUAUCAAUAUACCCAGACACUACAAAUAUACAGGCGUCCUUCCUAACUCAGUUGCCGGAGAGGAAGGAAAACGCUCAGGGAUUUCACCAUGAGGCCAAUGGUGACUUUAAAACAGUUACAGAGUUUAAUGGCUGUGAUAGGAGAAAAUGGAGGAUGGAUCAAGAACAUUGUAGUUACUCCACAAUAGUAACCUAAUUGACAGAGUGAAAAGAAGGAAGCCUGUACAGAAUACAAAUAUUCCAAAACAUGCAUCCUGUUUUCUACAAGGCACUAAAGUAAUACUGAAAAAAAUGUGGCAAAGCAAUUAAUGUUUUGUCCUGAAUACAAAGUGUUAUGUUUGGGGCAAAUCCAAUGCAACACAUUACUGAGUACCACUCUCCAUAUUUUCAAGCAUAGUGGUGGCUGCAUCAUGUUAUGGGUAUGCUUGUAAUCGUUAAGGACUGGGGAGUUUUUCAGGAUAAAAAAUAAAUGGAAUGGUGUUAAGCACAGGCAAAAUCCUAGAAGAAAACCUGGUUCAGUCUGUUUUCCACCAGACACUUGGAGAUUAAUUCACCUUUCAGCAGGACAAUAACCUAAAACACAAGGCCAAAUAUACACUGGAGUUGCUUACCAAGAAGACAGUGAAUGUUCCUGAGUGGCUGAGUUAGUUUUUAAUUAAAUCUACUUGAAAAUCUAUGGCAAGACCUGAAAAUGGUUGUCUAACAGAGCUUAAAGAAUAAUGGGCAAAUGUUGCACAAUCCAGGUGUGGAAAAAUUUACAUUUUAGUCAUUUAGCAGACGCUCUUAUCCAGAGCGACUUACAGGAGCAAUUAGGGUUAAGUGCCUUGCUCAAGGGCACAUCGACAGAUUUUUCACCUAGUCGGCUCGGGGAUUAGAACCAGCGACCUUUCGGUUACUGGCACAACGCUCUUAACCACUAAGCUACCUGCCGCCUUGGAAAGCUCUUAGAGACUUAUCUAGAAAGACUCACAGCUGUAAUCGCUGACAAAGGCGCUUCUACAGUAUUGACUCGGGUAUGAAUACUUAUGUAAAUUAGAUUAGAUAUUUCUAAAAUUUCUAAAAACACUUUGUCAUUAUGGGGUAUUGUGUGUAGAUGGGUGAGAAAAAAAAUCUAUUUAAUCCAUUUUGAAUUCAGGCUGUAACACAACAAAAUGUGAAAUAAGUCAAGGGGUGUGAAUACUUUCUGAAGGCACUGUGUUUGUAUUCUAUUGUAUUUUGUAAAUUGUGUGCAUGCAGGGCUCCCUUGCAAAAGAGACGUUGGUCUCAAUGGGACUCCCUGUUAAAAUAAAAUAUUUGUAUGUACUACAUGUAUAUUGAUGUGGGUGUCUCGUCCUCCACAGUUAAUGGGGUGUCCUGGGGGGGGGAGGCGCCACGUCAGAAGAGCCACACCUUCACCUGCCGCAUGCUGGUCAAGUUUGGCCACACCCACGGACAUGUGGAGGAGGGACCAGGAGGGCCGCGCUACGAGACCAUGCAAUGCUUCGCCUUGACCCAGCCCAAGGCCAUGAUAGAAGAGGGGGAAGGUAUGGACACACGCACACACAGACACACUCACAUACAAACGACACACACACACAAUCUUACACACAUACACACACAAUCACACACACACACGAGCCCAAACGUAAUGUAUGUGUAGCUAAACUAACUAUUUCCCUUCUUCCUCAGACCUGCAGUCGUGUAUGAUCUGUGUGGCCCGUCGUGUGACUGCUGUGGAGAGAACAGAGAGCUUCAACACCCGGCACGAGCUUUCAGGUGAAACUGACCGCAACACAAUUUAUGUUUUUGACAUAUCCCGCAAACCUGGUUGCAGAGUUUGAUUUAAUAGGGCCUUGUGUGUACAUAAAGUGUACAAUAUCCUUAAAUGGGUAUAUACAUUUUACAAAAAUGGAGGUCUUUCAAUAGGUACAGUGAGGGAAAAAAGUAUUUGAUCCCCUGCUGAUUUUGUAAGUUUGCCCACUGACAAAGAAAUGAGCAGUCAAUAAUUUUAAUGGUAGGUUUAUUUGAACAGCAAAAUCCAGAAAAACGCAUGUCAAAAAUGUUAUAAAUUGAUUUGCAUUUUAAUGAGGGAAAUAAGUAUUUGACCCCCUCUCAAUCAGAAAGAUUUCUGGCUCCCAGGUGUCUUUUAUACAGGUAACGAACUGAGAUUAGGAGCACACUCUUAAAGGGAGUGCACCUAAUCUCAGCUUGUUACCUGUAUAAAAGACACCUGUCCACAGAAGCAAUCAAUCAAUCAGAUUCCAAACUCUCCACCAUGGCCAAGACCAAAGAGCUCUCCAAGGAUGUCAGGGACAAGAUUGUAGACCUACACAAGGCUGGAAUGGGCUACAAGACCAUCGCCAAGCAGCUUGGUGAGAAGGUGACAACAGUUGGUGCGAUUAUUCGCAAAUGGAAGAAACACAAAAUAACUGUCAAUCUCCCUCGGCCUGGGGCUCCAUGCAAGAUCUCACCUCGUGGAGUUGCAAUGAUCAUGAACGGUGAGGAAUCAGCCCAGAACUACACGGGAGGAUCUUGUCAAUGAUCUCAAGGCAGCUGGGACCAUAGUCACCAAGAAAACAAUUGGUAACACACUACGCCGUGAAGGACUGAAAUCCUGCAGCGCCCGCAAGGUCCCCCUGCUCAAGAAAGCACAUAUACAGGGCCGUCUGAAGUUAGCCAAUGAACAUCUGAAUGAUUCAGAGGAGAACUGGAUGAAAGUGUUGUGGUCAGAUGAGACCAAAAUCGAGCUCUUUGGCAUCAACUCAACUCGCUGUGUUUGGAGGAGGAGGAAUGCUGCCUAUGACCCCAAGAACACCAUCCCCACCGUCAAACAUGGAGGUGGAAACAUUAUGCUUUGGGGGUGUUUUUCUGCUAAGGGGACAGGACAACUUCACCGCAUCAAAGGGACGAUGGACGGGGCCAUGUACCGUCAAAUCUUGGGUGAGAACCUCCUUCCCUCAGCCAGGGCAUUGAAAAUGGGUCGUGGAUGGGUAUUCCAGCAUGACAAUGACCCAAAACACACGGCCAAGGCAACAAAGGAGUGGCUCAAGAAGAAGCACAUUAAGGUCCUGGAGUGGCCUAGCCAGUCUCCAGACCUUAAUCCCAUAGAAAGUCUGUGGAGGGAGCUGAAGGUUCGAGUUGCCAAACAUCAGCCUCGAAACCUUAAUGACUUCGAGAAGAUCUGCAAAGAGGAGUGGAACAAAAUCCCUCCUGAGAUGUGUGCAAACCUGGUGGCCAACUACAAGAGACGUCUGACCUCUGUGAUUGUGAUUGUGGUCCUCUGUAGCUCAAUUGGUAGAGUAUGGCGCUUGUAAUGCCAUGGUAGUGGGUUCGAUCCCCGGGACCACCCAUAUGUAAAAAUGUAUGCACACAUGACUGUAAGUCGCUUUGGAUAAAAGCGUCUGCUAAAUGGCAUAUUAUUGCCAACAAGGGUUUUGCCACCAAGUACUCAUGUUUUGCAGAGGGGUCAAAUACUUAUUUCUCUCAUUAAAAUGCAAAUAAAUUUAUAACAUUUUUGACAUGCGUUUUUCUAGAUUUUUUUGUUGUUAUUCUGUCUCUCACUGUUCAAAUAAACCUACCAUUAAAAUUAUAGACUGAUCAUGUCUUUGUCAGUGGGCAAACGUACAAAAUCAGCAGGGGAUCAAAUACUUUUUUCCCUCACUGUAUAUACAAUCCAUGCUCCACAAUCUCCAGCUCCUCUUCUUUCCUCCAGGUAAGCUGAUCCAGAUAGACCAGAACUCUUUGCGUGCGUCCAUGCGUCCUGGCUGGGAGGACCUGCUGAGGCGCUGUAUCCAGAUGUUCCUACAGCACAGUGACGGACAGCCCUGGUCCCACAAACGCCACUAUCACGAGGGUACGCCACACACACACCUGUACCAAUACACACAUGUGUUACACGCAGUCGCACACACGGUACCUUUCCCAAAACACACAUACCUGUCCAAAAACACGCAUGAAUGGCAUCACAAAGAGCCACUUUUGUCAUGAUACCACCAACCCUAUACCUCAUCUUUGAUAUAUAUUUCACUUCCAUAUCUUGAUAUGAACCCAUUGUAUUUGCCCCCUUGUCCUUGGCCCCACAGCCUUCCUACAGGGUCACGCUGAGACCCCCCUGUACCGUUUCUCUCUCUCGGACGGCACCCCUGUCACGGCCCAGACCAAGAGCAAGCUUUACCGCCACCCCAUGAGCAACGAGGCCCAGGGCUUCAUAUCCACCCACCUGCUACAGAGGUACACACACACACCUUCUGAGGUAGAAAACGAGUUACACACAUUCUUGCUAACUUUGCAAGACACAGAGUACACAAACACACACAGCUGAGGUAACUGAUGCCUGCUGAUAUCCACAACAUCCUCUCUAUGGCAGAUGGCUCUGAAGGCUUGUAUUGAUGUUUCACACAGUGGAGAAUGCCUACAGGCCACCUGGUGGUUUUGUUCCAUUCUCAGUAAGAGGAAUAGGUACAAUUAUUGUGCUUGACAAGUCUCAAAGAACACUUGGAAGAAGUAAGGUUUAGAAGGUUGAGUAGUGAAUUGACUUUUUUUUCUUAAUUUUUUUUCGUUAAAUUACUUUCUUCAGUGUGUAUGUACUUCAGUUCCAUCUUAUGACUAUUCAAGAGACUCUUCUGCUAGACUGGAUCUGAGUGUUUACCAGAAUAGAGCGCCAAGGAUGUCAUGAUAACCUCACUUCUCUCACAUGCUCUUUUCUCCUCCUCCUUCUCGCCUCCUCGUCCUCUCUUCCAGGGAGCAGCAUGGCUAUCGCUCUGCCCAGGGCGGGGGCCUGAUGCCAGGGCCUAUGAGGCAGCAGGGCAUGGGGGCCCCCAACCCCAACACCCAGAUGAACAUGCCCCCUGGUGGAGGCAUGGGGGGUAUGAACCGGGGCUACGGGCCCAUGAAUGAACAGAGCCACAUGGGACAGAUUGGAGGGGGUUCAAUGUACGGAGGGAAUGGAGGUGGUGGUAGCGGCAGGGGAGGCAUGGGCAACAGAAUGAUGCAGAUGAAUCAGAUGGGCCAGAUGAACCAAAUGAAUCAGAUGGGUCAUCAGAUGAACCACCCAGGUCCAGGGAACCACCCUGGCAUGCAGCAACAUCAGCUACCCCAGCAGCAACAUCAGCAACCCCAGCAGCAACAUCAGCACCCCCAGCAGCCCCCUUUCCAGAGCAGUGGGGGGUAUGGAAUGGGGGGUAUGAACAGCCCCUUGGGGAGCCCCCGGAUGAUUGGCCCCCAGCAGGGGCUCCUGAUGUCCCCCCGAAACCGAGGCAGCCCCAAGAUGGGUGCCAGUCAGUACUCACCUGGAGGUACGUCAAUCAGGGGUGUACAGUCGUGGUCAAAAGUUUUGAGAAUGACACAAAUAUUAAUUUUCACAAAGUCUGCUGCCUCAGUUUUUAUGAUGGCAAUUUGCAUAUACUCCAGAAUGUUAUGAAGAGUGAUCAGAUGAAUUGCAAUUAAUUGCAAAGUCCCUCUUUGCCAUGAAAAUGAACUUAAUCCCCCAAAAACAUUUCCACUGCAUUUCAGCCCUGCCACAAAAGGACCAGCUGACAUCAUGUCAGUGAUGCUCUCGUUAACACAGGUGAGAGUGUUGACGAGGACAAGGCUGGAGAUCACUCUGUCAUGCUGAUUGAGUUAGAAUAACAUACUGGAAGCUUUAAAAGGAGGGUGGUGCUUGAAAUCAUUGUUCUUCCUCUGUUAACCAUGGUUACCUGCAAGGAAACACGUGCCGUCAUCAUUGCUUUGCACAAAAAGUGCUUCACAGGCAAGGAUAUUGCUGCAAGUAAGAUUGCACCUAAAUCAACCAUUUAUCGGGUCAUCAAGAACUUCAAGAAGAGAGGUUCAAUUGUUGUGAAGAAGGAUUCAGGGCGCCCAAGAAAGUCCAGCAAGUGCCAGGACCGUCUCCUAAAGUUGAUUCAGCUGUGCACCACCAGUGCAGAACUUGCUCAGGAAUGGCAGCAGGCAGGUGUGAGUGCAUCUGCACGCACAGUGAGGCGAAGACUUUUGGAGGAUGGCUGGUGUCAAGAAGGGCAGAGAGGAAGCCACUUCUCUCCAGGAAAAACAUCAGGGACAGACUGAUAUUCUGCAAAAGAUACAGGGAUUGGACUGCUGAGGACUGGGGUAAAGUCAUUUUCUCUGAUGAAUCCCCUUUCCGAUUGUUUGGGGCAUCCGGAAAAAAGCUUGUCCGGAGAAGACAAGGUGAGCGCUACCAUCAGUCCUGUGUCAUGCCAACAGUAAAGCAUCCUGAGACCAUUCAUGUGUGGGGUUGCUUCUCAGCCAAGGGAAUGGGCUCACUCACAAUUUUGCCUAAGAACACAGCCAUGAAUAAAGAAUGGUACCAACACAUCCUCCGAGAGCAACUUCUCCCAACCAUCCAAGAACAGUUUGGUGACCAACAAUGCCUUUUCCAGGAUGAUGGAGCACCUUGCCAUAAGGCAAAAGUGAUAACUAAGUGGCUCGGGGAACAAAACAUCGACAUUUUGGGUCCAUGGCCAGGAAACUCCCCAGACCUUAAUCCCAUUGAGAACUUGUGGUCAAUCCUCAAGAGGCGGGUGGACAAACAAAAACCCACAAACUCCAAGCAUUGAUUAUGCAAGAAUGGGCUGCCAUCAGUCAGGAUGUUGUCCAGAAGUUAAUUGACAGCAUGCCAGGGCGGAUUGCAGAGGUCUUGAAAAAGAAGGGUCAACACUGCAAAUAUUGACUCUUUGCAUAAACGUAAUGUAAUUGUCAAUAAAAGCCUUUGACACUUAUGGAAUGCUUGUAAUUAUACUUCAGUAUACCAUAGUAACAUCUGACAAAAAUAUCUCAUAACACUGAAGCAGCAAACUUUGUGAAGACCAAUAUUUGUGUCAUUCUCAAAACUUUUGACCACGACUGUGUGCUUCAUAAAACACAAGAUGAUCAAUCUUAGGUUUUUGAAAAAUGUUUAAUGUUUUUUGUUUGUAAAAGUUGUAGUACAGUUUCUGACAGUGGGUUUUGUUUCUGUCCCAGGCAUGCACUCCCCCAUGGGCCCUCAUGGAGGAGGAGGAGGUGGGGGAGGAGGUAGCACCUCUUUCUCCAGCAGCUCCCUCAACGCCCUGCAGGCCAUCAGCGAGGGGGUCGGGAGCUCCCUCCCCUCCACCCUCACCUCCCCCUCCCCGACCAACAAACCAGACAGCUCCCCCAGCGUACAUUCCUCCUCUCAGUCCUCUCAGCCCAGUCAGCCGGCCAAAUCAGGCCCGGACGGCUCCAAAAGUCCAACAGGAGGCCUGGGUCCUGCGCCCGGCGUGCACCACCACCCACUCCACCAACACCACCACCCACACCCCCAGUCCGAGAGCUCCGGAGACAGGUUGGACAGCCAGGCCAUGGCAGGCAGCAAGGAGCCCAGAGAGGGGGCCAGCGAGGCCGGGGUGGCCAGCUUAGAACCCACCCGGAGAGUCCCAGACAGUAAGGGCCAUAAGAAGCUGCUGCAGCUGCUGACCUCCCCCACUGAGGAGCUGGGGUUAGGGGGAACUGGCCCCGCCUUGCCCUCUAUACCUCCCCCACCAGGCAGCAGCAACACCCCAGCAGGGUCCGACAUUAAGGACCCCACAGGAGGCAUGGCCAGCCCUUCCUCUACUGCAGUCUCCUCCUCUUCCUCAGCCUCCACCAGUCAGGGCCAGGCGUCGGGCGCGGCUCUGGCCAAUGCUCUGGCCUCUGCCCACUACACGGCGUCACUGCAGGAGAAGCACAAGAUCCUCCACAAGCUGCUACAGAACAGCAACACGCCCGACGAGGUGGCCAAGAUCACGGCCGAGGCCACUGGGAAGGUGACCCUGGGGGGCCAGGAGGUCCCACGGGAGGUGGGGGCUGGAGGAGCAGGAGGAGUGACAGAGCCCAAGCAGGAGCAGCACAGCCCCAAGAAGGAGAAGACCCACGCGCUCCUCCACUACCUCCUCAACAAGGAUGACACUAAAGAGCCAGUGGAUGUGAAGCCCAAGCCUGAGGAGCUGGAGGGAAAGGGGCCCCCAGGAGCCACUGCCGGCCUCCCACCCAGAGGACCUGGCGCUGGACCCAGCCACACAACUGAACACACAGAGAACAAGAUCAAGUCAGAGCCGCCUGAUGAGGUAACCACACAGUGUGGUGGUCAGAUCAUUACAUUACUGGUAGAUUAUUACAAUUACAUGAGUAUACCUACUGACAUACGUUGCCCAUUGGCCUUCACUGUGAACAGUUUCAUUACUAUGAAGUGCUUAACCUCUGUAGGUUGUGUGAUACUGUGUUGUUGCUGAUACAUGUGUAUCUAUCUCUUCCCAGUUGGACAACCUGGAGUCCAUCCUGGGAGGUUUGAGGGGUUCUGGCUCUGAGUUCUACCCCGAGCAGGGAGGAGGAGGGAACAAGGCCCAGGGUUGCCUCGAUGAGAACCUGCAAGGUAGGACCUGUCACAUUGAGCGUGUUGAUGAAAAACGUUUUAGCCCUAGCCGCAAAGUAACCUCAGAGAAUCUGGACACCAGACUAACAUGUACCUUCUCUAUCUGUUGUGUCCCUCUGUGUGUGUGUUCAGGGAGUCCGGGGAUGGCCCCUGGCCCACGUGGGCCCUUCCAGAGGGCCAUGUCAGCAGACGCCAAGCCUCCUGGGGGUCCUGGAGCGGCAGGGAGGCGCCCCAUGCUCAUCAAACAGGAGAACAUGAUGGGCAGCACAGACGGAUACCCAGGGAACAUGGGUGUGUGUCCGCGAGGCGUUGGAACAAGUAACUCAUUUAGUUAUUUCACUUUCUUUCAUGCUCUGACAUCUGUCUUUCCUCUGUCUUGCUCUUUCCCCUACUAUCUAGGUCUGGGUUUCAGUCUAUGUCAUUGCUGCUUUUUAAAAAGAGCUAAUCUGUGUGUGUUUUGUGUCCCCCAGGGCCGAUGAACAGGGGCAUGGGGGUUCCCCAGCGCUCUCCCAUGGGGGGGUCAGGGGAUUGGGGGAUGCCUCGCUCCUGCGCCAGCCCCGUGGGCUCAGCCGGUCACCCCUCCAUGAGCCGUCCUGGCAUGGACUACAACUCCAAAGGCAUGAUGGGAGGGCCCAUGGUGGGCAGGUCCAACAGUGUUCCUGGCACCAGAUCAAUGCUGCAGCAACAGCUAAUGGACAUGGGUACGUGUCUGUGUGUGUGGUUGUGCGUUAGUCCAAAAAAUGAAGAUGGCGGAUGUAAUCUCUGGGAUGUCUUGCAUGUGUCUGUUUGUAUGCAUGUGUCUAUAUGUGUAUGUAAUCUGUAGUAAUUGAUUCUGAGAUAUAUAGUCUCUGGUUAAUAUUUGUUUUGUGUUGUAUGUGUGCAGGAGGUUCUGGUGAGGUGGGGAUGGGGAUGAGUCCGUUCAGUCAACAGGGCCAGCCUAACCAGUCUCCGUCCUGGUCUGACAGUGUGAUGGGUAUGGAGGGAAACCACAGCAGGUAAACUAACCCUCUUGCCUUCCAUUAAAAUACACUGACCCCUGCUCUUAUAUCUAAAUAAUAUUUUUUAUAAAAUAUGAUUUAUACCAGGACAAUUGGCAGCCAAUGCUAUCAUGUCAUACAAUUAACGGUUCUCUGUGCGUGUUUCAGGCGUCAGUUUGGGAAUGCCCUGGAUGAGCUCCUGGCUCCGCCCACCACCAGCGAGGGCCAGAGUGACGAGCGGGCGCUGCUGGACCAGCUGGACUCUCUGCUCAACAACACGGAUGGCAUCGCACUGGAGGAGAUCGACCGGGCCCUGGGCAUCCCCGACUUGGUCAGCCAGGGCCAGGGGCCAGAGCAGCAUGGUGAGCCCUUCCCCGGCCAGGAUCCCUCCAUAGUGCUGGAGCAGAAGCCUCUGUACGGCCAGGGGUACCCCGGACCCCCCUCAAUGGCCAUGCAGUCAGCCUACGGGGGGAGCCCUAUGCAGGGCCAGCCCCAACAAGGGGGCUUCGGCCCCAUGCUCUCCCAGAUGGGCCAAGGGGGCAGAUUCCCAGGGAUGGGAGGCAUGGGGGGUAUGGGUCACCCCCGUGCUAACAUGAUGAGACCCAGGAUGAUGAGUGCCACCAAACCCAUGAGGCUCCAACUGGCGCAGAGACUACAGGGCCAACAGGUAGGAGACACACACACACAGACCAAUAAACUCACACAGGACUUUAUGCUGACAGCUUCUUCUUUCCUCCCUCAGUUUAUGAGUCAGACUCGGCAGGGGAUGGCCAUGAAGAUGGAGAACCCUGGAGCGGGCAACCCUGGCAUGAGGCCGGGUAUGCAGCCUGGCAUGGGGGGACAGGUAGGCACUCCCCUUUCCUCCACACACACACACACACACACACACAACCUAGCAUAUGGGAGCCACUUAGGCCUAACCUUUCCUUGUUGUACAUUACACACAGCCAAAACUCUAAAUACACACACUCACUAUACCCCUUCUCUGUCCCCAGCCUGGCUUCCUGAAUGCCCAGAUGAUGGCCCAGCGUAGCAGGGAGAUGGUGACCAUGCAGAUGAGGAGACAGAGGAUGAUGAUGCUAAUGCAGCAGCAACAGCAGCAGGCAGCAGCAGCAGCAGCCGCCGCAGGGGGGUUCAGCCCCCCUCCCAACGUCACCGCCCCCGUCGGCAUGGACACCCCUAUGGGAGGCCCCAACCUGGGCCCCCAGCAGUUUGGCUACGGGGGAAACUACGGUGAGUUUGGGUUGGUUUGACCUGAAGGGCCACAGUGUUUCUGCUCCCUAGUGGUGAGUUUUGUACUUGCAAUGGGACAUGGAAAGUGUGUGUGUGUUAAACAAGGGUGGGUCUAAUCCUGAAUGCUGAUUGGUUAAAACCGCAUUCCAGCCGGUGUCUAUUCCACAAGAUACCACCGGCUAAAUCUAUGACGUUAAAAUGCCUAUUUACUCUGUUCCAUCUGACUGCGCAAUCCACUAUCUCAUCAGCAAACCCAGACAAUUUAUAAACCUGAUCUCCACUAUAAAAAGCAUCUAGAUUAUUUUAGACUAGCAUUUAGUUUUCAACAGCGGAGAUUUGUAUAAACCUUGAUGUCUGUCUCUCCGACAUUUGCAACAUUGUUUCAAUAUUCAAAUUCAAUCUCCAGCUGUCCCAUAGUAAUAAACAUGUCGGGACGAGACAGACAGGCAGGCAGCGUUUCUCAGCCAGUCAAAAUCAUGAAUCAGCUGGCAUUAAUUUUAUGGAUAUAUACAAAUAAAUGUCACUAGAAAACAGCUUAAACAAAUGCAAAUGCAGCUACUGUUGUUAUUCUGGCUGCACUGUUUGACGUGACUGUAAGUUAGCCGUAGUUGGCUAGCUAGCAAGCAAGGGAUAAGAACGUUGCCAGCCAGUAUGGCAAUGGAACAUUUAGAAGGAACGACUGGGUUGCAGAACAAAAAACUGAACGACUAGGUUGCAUCUCUGGCAACCGAACCAAUAGAACAAAUACAUUUUUCAUAAAAAGUUUUUAAUGAAAAUAUGUUAAUCAUUAUUUGAAUAUGUUGGUAACCCGUUGAAUAAAAGUGAUAAUGUCCUCAAAGCCGGUGUUUGGAGGAUAUAUUGGGACGGUGCUCAACAACACUUGUGCCAAUAUAUCCUCCAAACACCGGCUUCUCGGGCAUUAUCACUUAAGUGUGUGGGUGCGUGCGUUCACAUGCCAUUGCUCAUGUAAUAUGUUCCUUCAGGUAUGGCUCAGCAGGGUGACCCGUCGUUCGGCCCUGCGGGCAGCAGCCCCCCCAACGCCAUGAUGUCAGGCCGCCUGGGUCCUCAGAAUCCUAUGAUGCAACCGCAUCCCCAGGGUGGACCCAUGUACCAGAGCGCAGACAUGAAGGGCUGGUCGCAGGGAGGCAUGGCCCGCAACAGGUGUGUGUGUAACAGGGAGGGAGAGAGAAAUAACCUACAACAACCAGUGACAACAUUCGUAACCAACUAACCCACCUCCUUCCCUCCCUGUCUCUCCAGCUCGUACCCCCAGCAGCAGUUUUCCCAACAGGGCAACCCGGGGCAGCAGCAGUUUGCCCAGCAGGGCAACCCAGGACAGUACGGGGGCAUGAUGAUGAACGGGGGCAUGCCUUCCAACGGAGGGGGGGGCCAUAUGGGCCAGAUGGGGGGGCAGAUGGGGAUGAACCCCAUGGUGAUGGGA